CUGACCAUAAAAGGAUAUUCCUUCCUGUUCUUCUGACCAUAAAAGGAUCUUCCUGUUCCUACUCUUAUCUUGGAGCAAGAGGUCACCAUCUCCAAGAACACCCUCUGGCGCUGUUCCCAGACUAGGUCUGUGCGUCUUUUGUGGUCAGGAUAUAAGAUAAGGCACAGACGUGUCUUCCCUGUUCUACUGGUACAGUCAAGGCCAUCCUUGCCAUCACAAACUGAUAAAGGAGAGGGCUCUAAGCACUUGUUUAUACAGCUGGGUUUCGGCUCAAGAGCUCAAGUUAAAGCAUUUUAGCUAAGGAAAAAUAGGGAUUUUGGUGCAGUUUCAAACUGCCUGCACAGUCAGUUUUGGGUCUGGGAAACCCAUUCCUUCAGUACAAGUGACAAUAAAGUAUUUCAAUAGAAGAGAUAGAGACAGGAUAAAAUAAGACUAAGAAGGUAAAGAGUAACAGGGAACCGCAAAGCAGGAGAGUGUUUCUCAUGUUCUCAGGCCGUGUUUGACGGUUUUCCUCUGUGGGCCACAGUGAGAAGAGACUGCUGGUCUAGGUGGGCCAUUGGCUAGGGUUGCUGUAUUUCAAAAAGCGAAAAUCCGGGGGGAAUCCGCCGAAAUCUACACUUCCGACACGGGUUGCCAUACGUCCGGAUUUUUCCAGACAUUUCAGCAAUUUCUGCCCAGACACUGUAUCUGAUGGGCGAAUCCUGGCUACGUCAGGGAAAUUCCUGACAUAUGACAACCCUACCAUGGGUCUCAUCCAGCAGACUCCCCUGAUCUUCCCAAGAUCCACCACUGUCAGGCAUGGAGAGUCCUCCCCUCCCUUCGGUAACUUCAUAGAUAAGAAUUAGCAAGCAGUUGACAGAUUUCUAGUCCUUUUAUUAUAGCAUCAUGUUGCGAACACAAAUACGCAGCUCUCCACAAGGAGGGCAACUGGCUCAUCUAAUCCUCCUUCCAGCUUCCGCUAUCUUUUUCAGCGCCAAUGGGAAGUUCCUCCCUCCCUCUGGCUCCUUUGCUCUCUGAUACGUUUGGACCUCUGAGUCCCUGGUGAGAGGGGGGGUGUUCCCCACGCUCUCGAGAGACAUCUCAACUAGCUGCCCCCUCCAUUCUGGUUCUGUUGUCACUAUAUCAAAACUGGGUAACUCCUCCCUAAGCUGUUCGGCUCUGUCUCUCUCUCUCUCUCUCUCUGCUUCUGAACACGCUGUGGACGGGAUUCUUCCCCCUCCAGCUCUCCAUCGGAGAGAAGCUAGUCUGCCAUAGAAUGCAUUCCCCAGUCCUCAUCUUCAGACCAUUCCCUGACAACCAUAGAUUCACAGUUGGCAAGGACAGGUGGGGAGGGGGCAGUAUCAGGAGACUCGGGGGGGGGAAACAAGGCCCCCGAUUCCCAAGAAAUGCUGACUUUCUUCUCUCUUCCAGUGCUGCCCGCUGUGCCCGAUGCUGACCAGACCUCCUGCGGCCUCUCUGGGUCACCCUCUGGGAUUCCCGCCCUCCACGCCUUUGCCAGCCUGCCCCUAACUAGCAAUGACCUUGUGGAACUGGCCGCCCGCCCCACCGCGCCCCCUUCCCCACUGCUACUCCUACCCCGCUCCUCCUGCUGCCCGCAUGCCUGCACCAUGACAGGGGCCCGGCAGCUGGAUUCCUGCGGAGGAGGGCUGCGUGGCCAGGAGCGUGGCUCGGGCUGAGGGAUGGCCUCGCUGGACCUGCCCUACCGCUGUCCGCGUUGCGGGGAACACAAGCGAUUCCGGAGCCUGUCCUCCCUUCGGGCUCACCUGGAGUACAACCACACCUACGAGACCCUCUAUGUCCUCUCCAAAACCAACAGCAUCUGCGAUGCCACCGUUUUCCCCCUGGCGUCCGACACCACCCUCCUGACGCCCGCAGCCCGCCGGGACAUCUUUGAGAGCACCUCCUUCCAGGGCAAGGAGCAGCGCUUCACCUGCGACCUCAUCGCCACCGCCACCACCGAGGAGCUGGACCCGUCGUCCUCGCCCGUCGCUUCCCGCUACGUCCACGAGAUCGAGAUCCCCCUGACCGAGAUCUUCACCCGCAAGGCCAUGACCUCGGCCACCACGCCUCCCGCCGCCGCGGCCGCUGCGGUGGCCGCUGUCGAUGCGGCCUAUGAGGAAGGCCUGACCCGCCUCAAGAUCCGGGCCUUUGAGAAGCUGGAGGUGGACAAGCGGCUGGAGAAGCUGACCGAGGAAGUGGAGCAGAAGAUCGCCUCCCAAGUCGGCCGGCUCCAGGUGGAGCUGGACCGCAAGAGCUCGGAGCUGGAGAAGGCCAAGCAGGAGAGCAUCCGUCUCAGCCGGGAGAAGCAGGAGCUGGAGGAGAGGGCCGUGGAGCUGUCCCGCCAGGUGGACGUCAGCGUGGAGAUGCUGGCCUCCCUCAAGCAAGACCUGGUGCAGAAGGAGCAGGAGCUGAGCCGCAAACAACAGUGAGUGAUGGUUUCUGUGGUGUCAGGGGGUCUGCUAAAGCAGGGGGUGAGGGGGUGGCCCACAGGCCUGAUCCGUCUUCCUUCACCCCAUCUUCUGAUUUUGCCAAUAGCAGCAGAGAAAAAUGGAAGUAUCAUUGAGGAAGGCAGAGGUUUAAACACAGGAAGGGAAGGAGGGAGGGAGGGAGGAAUCAUGGACUGGUUGGGUGCAGAAGAGUGGUGGGAAGAAACAGUUGGGGGGCCACCAGGGGAAGAAGGCUCAGAGCCUGGGAAAAGGUGGUGGGACGACAGUGAGCGGUCAGAGGGAGAGGACUGGGAAGAGGAGGUGUCGGAAACUGAAGUGGUAACAGGGCUUAGUGAGCGGGGAGAGUCUGUGGCAGAGAGCAGCCCAGAAUCAGAGGCAGGAGAGGAGGAGGAGACAGGUCAAGAAGCAGAGAUGAGUCAGGCUGACAAAGAGUCACAGGUAUUUCCCCCUCCUGCUGCGACCAGAUCCCCUCCCCACAAAAUGUGGAGUAUACAUUUCAUGAAAUAAAUAAUGAUUUAACAGAAGGAGAAGAUAGUGGUCAAUAAUAAUUCCUGGAAUACAAUCAGUUCCAGCAAAAAAUCAUACGUUGCAGAAAAUUGCCAUCCACAAGUUUGUCUUUUGACAUAAGUCAUGAAUGACCGCCAAGUAUAGGUUUGGCUUCUCUCUUGGAAACUUGUAAAGGAUGAGUGAGUUUUCCAGAUAUCACGAGAAACAAGACCUUCUUAAACCAGUUAGUCCUUCAUCCCUGGGCAAUGGUUGGCUGAGUGGUGACAGGCAACAGUUUUUCUUUUUUAGAAAAGUUUAAAGCAGUCACAGAGACUAAAUGAGGGAUUUUGAUUUAUUUAUUUUACUUAUUUCAUAAAAGUUAUACACCGCUUGAUUGUUGAAAAAGAAAGGUUUAUAUUAGGUAAAACAGUUUGCAGAAACAUCUACAAACCUACUUUAAAUCAAAGCAGAAUAUUAAAUCAUAUUGCCAUUUCCCCCUGGUGUCAGAAUAACAGGAUGGGGCCAGAUUCAUAGUCUUCGGAGAGAAAUGUCUUGGCAUCACAAAGCCUGCACAAAACUCUCUUCCGCUUUCCCUGCCCAGCAAAAGCCUGCUCAUUCUUUUCAGCUAGAGCCUGCAGUACACCUGCAUCGGAGUGCAGAAGGCAACCGGGUUUUCUUGGGGAAAUCCUUUUGGGUGGCCUCCCUCUCAGAAACGGGCUGCUUCACGAAGAAAGCAGAUAAUGUGGGAAGGCACACAGGGGCGGAAUUAAUAUUUGCAUGAUCUUAAGUAGAAAGAUAUCUGAGGAAAUGGAGAAUCAGAGGCAAUAAUCCCGUCUAAGAAAAUAUGGACUGAAAUUUAAUGAUCCCAAGGCACUCUUAGUAUCGCUCCUCUCUUGGGUAUCAGCCCAAACAAACAGUCAUCACACAUUCUCUUAGAUGGGAUUAUUGCACCUCGCUCUGAAUUUCCUCCGGUAUUUCCAGCUUGCUCAAAUAUUCAUUCUGGCCCUGUUUGCUUUUUCAGACUUUCUUCUCUUUGUGUGUGUGUGCGAUUGGCACUCAUUUUUCUCUGGAUUUGCAAAGAGUGAAGUCAUUCUCAGAUGUGGGCAAAAGACACACACACACACACACACACACACACACACAAAAUUCCUCUGAACAAUUCCUUCUGCGAUCUUCCUUUGUCUUCACAACGCCUCUCGGUUUGGUAUCGUCUGUGGAUGUAAACACCCAGACGUUUGUGCCUUUUCCUGCCUUCUUUGAAAGCAGGCGUUAAAUAAGACCAGACAUUUCCUACCAUUCCCCCAUUCUGAAUCUCUUCCUUUGUGGUCUAUAAGCCAACAUUUCCCUCAAGCAACAGCAUGUUCACCCCCAGAGGCUUAAAUUAAUUUUUCAAGUUGGAUUUCAUGCGUCGUUUUGCUGCGAUCGGAACAGAUUACGUCCCCUUUCUUCCCAACCUCCUCACAACCCCAUGGAUGCGAUGGGUGCCAGAUAGCGAGUCGUGUUUAGAUAAGCAAGUCAUUUGCAAGACCUCCCACCACAGUCACUUGAGCACAAGAGUUAAAUAAUUGUGUCUAUGGCAAAAUCCAUCCUGCCGUUUAGCCAAUGAAACCGGGGCGAGGGGCGGGACCCAAAGUUAGCCCAUGCCUAAUGAGUGGCAGAUGGUUGGCUGUAGAAAAAGAAUUCUAACCAAUGGGGUCGGUGGGAUUUAUCUAAAGUCUUUUUUCUUUUCUUUUUUUGAAAACAUUUUUAUUUGAUUUUACAAUACAAAAUUAUAAAACAUUCAAAUACAUAUCCAUAUACACAUCUGAAGGCAACUCUGUUUAGGGAAGUUUUUAAUGUUUGAUGUUUUAUCGUGUUUUAAUAUUCUGUUGGGAGCCACCCAGCGUGUCUGGGGAAACCCAGCCAGAUGGGUGGGGUAUAAAUAAUCAUCAUCAUCAUGAUGAUGGAAUAUGCAUAUAUCUGUAAGAUCAUCACUGUGAGGACUUCUUUGGAGAGCAAGAUCUCCUUGCUCAUAUCCUGUCCUCUACAAGGUUUGCAUUUCCUGCUAUCUUUUGUGCCACCUGCAAAACUUGUGAAGAAUACCCUCCCCAGCUUUCAGGAUGCUGAACUCAGACCCUCCAAGUGCACCUAUUUUCCAGAGACAGUCCCAGAUUUACAGAAGAUGCCCCAGUUUCUGAUUUGAUCCUGGAAUGCUCCGCUUUUCCUUACGAUGUCGCUAUUUUCAUCGGAGAAAUGUUGGAGGGUAUGGAGUGAUCUGACCCCAAAGCCAUAUGAAGGCAGCCCUAUAUAAGGAAGGUUUUUUUUUUUAAAUGUUUAAUGUUUUAGUAUGUUUUUAUAUAUGCUGGAAGCCACCCAGAGUGGCUGGGACAACCCAGUCAGAUGGGUGUAAUAAUAAUAAUAAUAAUAAUAAUAAUAAUAAUAAUGAAAUAGAACGAACCUAUUUUCAUUGGAAGGUCCGUAUAGUUAAAGCUAUGGUUUUCCCAGUAAAGUGGUACCUCGGGUUAAGUACUUAAUUCAUUCCGGAGGUCCGUUCUUAACCUGAAACUGUUCUUAACCUGAAGCACCACUUUAUCUAAUGGGGCCUCCUGCUGCUGCCGCGCCGCUGGAGCACAAUUUCUGUUCUCAUUAUGAAGCCAAGUUCUUAACCUGAAGCACUAUUUCUGGGUUAGCGGAGUCUGUAACCUGAAGCGUAUGUAACCUGAAGCGUAUGUAACCCGAGGUACCACUGUAGUGAUGUAUGGAAGUGAGAGUUGGACCAUAAAGAAGGCUGAUUGUCAAAGAAUGGAUGCUUUUGAAUUCUGGUGCUGGAGGAGACUCUUGAGAGUCCCGUGGACUGCAAGAAGAUCCAACCUCUCCAUUCUGAAGGAAAUCAGCCCUGAGUGCUCACUGGAAGGACAGAUCCUGAAGCUGAGGCUCCAGUACUUUGGCCAUCUCAUGAGAAGAGAAUCAUAGAAUCAUAGAAUCAUAGAGUUGGAAGAGACCACAAGGGCCAUCGAGUCCAACCCCCUGCCAAGCAGGAAACACCAUCAGAGCACUCCUGACAUAUGGUUGUCAAGCCUCUGCUUAAAGACCUCCAAAGAAGGAGACUCCACCACACCCUUGGCAGCAAAUUCCACUGUCGAACAGCUCUUACUGUCAGGAAGUUCUUCCUAAUGUUUAGGUGGAAUCUUCUUUCUUGUAGUUUGGAUCCAUUGCUCCAUGUCCGCUUCUCUGGAGCAGCAGAAAACAACCUUUCUCCCUCCUCUAUGUGACAUCCUUUUAUAUAUUUGAACAUGGCUAUCAUAUCACCCCUAAACCACCUCUUCUCCAGGCUAAACAUGCCCAGCUCCCUUAGCCGUUCCUCAUAAGGCAUCGUUUCCAGGCCUUUGACCAUUUUGGUUGCCCUCCUCUGGACACGUUCCAGUUUGUCAGUGUCCUUCUUGAACUGUGGUGCCCAGAACUGGACACAGUACUCCAGGUGAGGUCUGACCAGAGCAGAAUACAGUGGCACUAUUACUUCCCUUGAUCUAGAUGCUAUACUCCUAUUGAUGCAGCCCAGAAUUGCAUUGGCUUUUUUAGCUGCCGCGUCUCACUGUUGGCUCAUGUCAAGUUUGUGGUCAACCAAGGCUCCUAGAUCCUUUUCACAUGUACUGCUCUCAAGCCAGGUGUCCCCCAUCUUGUAUUUGUGCCUCUCAUUUUUUUGCCCAAGUGCAAUACUUUACAUUUCUCCCUGUUAAAAUUCAUCUUGUUUGUUUUGGCCCAGUUCUCUAAUCUGUCAAGGUCAUUUUGAAGUGUGAUCCUGUCCUCUGGGGUGUUAGCCACCCCUCCCAGUUUGGUGUCAUCUGCAAAUUUGAUUAGGAUGCCCUUGAGUCCAUCAUCCAAGUCAUUGAUAAAGAUGUUGAAUAAGACCGGGCCCAAGACAGAACCCUGUGGCACCCCACUAGUCACUUUUCUCCAGGAUGAAGAGGAACCAUUGAUGAGCACCCUUGAAGAAGGAGAAGACUCCCUGGAAAAGACCCUUAUGUUGGGGAAGAUGGAGGGCACAAGGAGAAGGGGACGACAGAGGACGAGAUGGAUGGACAGUGUUCUCGAAGCUACCAGCAUGAGUUUGACCAAACUGCGGGAGGCAGUGGAAGACAGGAGUGCCUGGCGUUCUCUGGUCCAGGGGGUCACGAAGAGUUGGACACGACUAAACGACUAAACAACAACAAUUUUCAUUGGAGAAAUGUUGGCGGGUGUGCGAACUAAGAGAGCAAUGACAAUUCUCUCGCUCGCUCUCCAUCAGAAAAAUCCACGGCUCUGCUCCCUGUGCAGGGAACUAUUCUCCCAAACAGCAAAUAUGUGGUUUUCACAUCAAGGAAGAGAAAACAUCAUAGAUAUUCACACAGCAUCCUUUCUCUGCAAGAGACGGUUUCUUCCUUCCCCUCUCGCCCUUGCGGUGCAACUGCUGCAAAGGAGCUGAGCGUCUCUCUACUGCCAUUCCAACAGAUCAGGAAGGAUCAGGCCCCCAGGGAGGCAGUCUGAAUAUUCAAGAGAACAGCGGCUGCCUGAGAGCCUCUUUAGAAACAGCUCCCUCUGGUAACUCCCACCUCCCUGAUCUUUACUUAAAACGGGCAUUUGCAUGGAGAUGGGAUCUGCACCUCGCUCUCAAUUAAAUUCACGCUGCAGGAUCAAGCAGGUUCCCACCAUCGCAGCGCCAAGGGAAUGUUCGGAAGGGUUGUUUGGCAGGAAGCGAGACUUUCUUCCUUGUGAGUUUUUGACACCCGCCAUGCUGUUUGCAAAAGUUGGUUUUAAUUUUAUUUAUUUUUUUAGUUUAAAAAAAUUACUUGUUUUUAUAUGAAAGGGGAAUAGGCUGCCUUUAUGAGCAAAAUUACGCCUUUCUUCCGUCUCGUGUUUCCGGCACAACUGUCUUUCUCCUAGCCAAUCCCGAGCAUGAGAUGACUAUGAUGUCAUCGCAAAGGAUGCCUACCAGCUGGUGAUGAUGUCAUCAUGCAGCCGGCUCAGAAGCCACACCUAUUUGAAGCCACACUUCAUUGCAAAUGAGAAAUUCCACCCCAUAAAUUCCCAGAGAGUUUUGGCUGGUGCCUUCAUUAUACAGCUCUUUAGACACAAAAAACGUUCCUUUUAACUAGCCUUUGGCCAAUUGACAUCCAAAGCCCUUUUAAAUGGGUUGUGGAAGAGGCAAGUAUUGGCUCGUUCCUGUUCUUUUUUAUCAUGUAUUUUGUGUUUUUUACAUUAUUUAUUUUGUGUUUUUUACAUUGUAAUUUUAUUUUGUGAACCACCCUAAGAUCUACAAGUAUAGGGAGGUAUACAAAUUAUUAUUAUUAUUAUUAUUAUUAAUAAUAAUACCUUUUGCUUUUUCUUGAGGUUUAAAUGAGAGGAUCUCUCAGCCCCGCUGCCACGUCUCGUCAACAGCCAAUUACGCUGAUGGACAGCUGGCUAUUAGAAAACACCGAGGAUAACGAUUUAGUCUCUUAUUGACAAUGGCCAGGAAUAAAUACCGAGGGUUUGGUCUCCAUGGUUUCCCCCUGAACUUGAACUUGCCAUUUCAGCUCUCCUCCCGCCAUGUGUCUGUCUCUUUCUCUCUCACACACACUUGUAGAUUUGAGAGAGGAAUCGUUAACAGAGGUGGUGGUGUUAUUUAAAUACUAACAAGGUCUAAGCCCCAGAACUCCUUUCUCUUUAAGCGCGCCUAGGUGACCCUAUCCCAAAACCAGUUGAUUCUGCUGGGAAGUACUUUCCCUCCCAGAAACAUUCAAGGGCACACAGUUAUUAUUAUUAUUAUUAUUAUUAUUAUUAUUAUUAUUAUUUAUAUCCUGGGCAGCUAACAUCAAAAUAUAGAUACAUUAAAACAUAAAAUUCAGCAAUCGACUGAAAUACAGCUUAUAAUCUGAUUAAAAUCAAAUAAUUUUAAUUGGCACCAACCAACCCCCAAAAGGUUAAAAGUGUGGCCCUCACUGUAACAACUUCAUGAUGAGUACCGGCAACUUGGUGAUUGAUUGAUUGAUUGAUUGAUCGAUCGAUAAGAUAAUACAGUCAUACCUCGGGUAACAGCCGCUUAGGGUUGCAUCUUUUCAGGUUGCGGACCGCCGAAACCCAGAAGUACCAGAACUGGUUACUUCCAGGUUUCAAUAAUCGCGCAUGCGCAGAAGCACUAAAUUGCGCUUUGCACAUGCGCAGAAGCACCAAAUCGCAACCCACGCUUGCGCAGACGUGCAGACACGGGUUGCGAACGCUGCAGGAUGUGAACAUGCAUCCCACACGGAUCACGUUCGCAAUCUGAGCAUCCACUGUAGUUCUAAAUGUGACCCAGUUUAGGGUAAUUUAUGUAGAAAUAGCUUGCCAACAAAGGUCCGUAUAGUAAAAGCUAUGGUUUUCCCAGUAGUGAUGUAUGGAAGUGAGAGCUGGACCAUAAAGAAGGCUGAUCGCCAAAGAAUGGAUGCUUUUGAAUUAUGGUGCUGGAGGAGACUCUUGAGAGUCCCAUGGACUGCAAGAAGAUCAAACCGAUCCAUUCUGAAGGAAAUCAGCCCUGAGUGCUCACUGGAAGGACAGAUCCUGAAGCUGAGGCUCCAAGACUUUGGCCACCUCAUGAGAAGAGAAGACUCCCUGGAAAAGACCCUGAUGUUGGGGAAGAUGGAGGGCACAAGGAGAAGGGGACGACAGAGGACGAGAUGGUUGGAUAGUGUCUUUGAAGCUACAAACAUGAGUCUGACCAAACUGCAGGAGGCAGUGGAAGACAGAAGUGCCUGGCGUGCUCUGGUCCAUGGGGUCAUGAAGAGGCGGACACGACUAAACGACUAAACAACAACAAAGCUUUGCAAUGGUUGGUCUUCAGCUAAGUUUAGACCUACUGAAGUCAAUGGACCCAGCUUAGUCCUGUUUGUUAAUUUCAGCGGUUGCAAUAUACGGGCAUACAUUUUGCUCAAAAGGUUGAAUAACCCAACUGUGCAGGAAGGAAGGAAAACGCCUCUCAGUUCGGGAAGAUCCCUAAACGCUCCCUGUAUGAAUGCGAGUGAUAACACUGGCCCUGCCAUCUCCUCUCUGCGCCCUGGUUUCUCGGUGACCCCCUGCCUCUAGCUGACCCACAUUCGGUGCCAAAAAUACUCUGACCUUUUCAGAACCCCCUGCAGGCCUGGCAACUGCUUGGAUGCCCCAGGGAGGCUGGUCUGUUCUGUGUGUUGGAGAGAGGAAGGAAGGAAGGAAGGAAGGAAGGAAGGAAGGAAGGAAGGAAGGGAAAAAAAUGAGAGCCUAUGUGGUUCGGAAACUUCAGCUGGUGCAGAAUUCAGUGGCCAGGUUGCUCACCGGAGCAAGACAGUUUGAGUAUAUUACACCGAUCCUGGUCCGACUGCACUGGCUACCAAUUAGUUUCCGGGCCGAAUUCAAAGUGCUGGUUUUGAUCCAUAAAGCCUUAAAUGGCUCAGGACCACAAUACCUCAAGGACCGCCUCUCCGCAUAUGAACCUACCCGGACCUUGAGAUCAUCUUCUAGGCCCUCCUUCGUGUGUCUCCUCCUUGAGAGGUCCUGAGGGUGGCAACACGAGAACAGGGCCUUCUCUGCAGUGGCUCCCCGUCCGUGGAAUGCUCUCCCCAGGGAAGUUCGCCUGGCACCUUCAUGAUACACCUUUAGGGGCCAGGCAAAAACAUUUCUUUUUAAACAGGCCUUUGGUUGACCUGAUCAACAUCCCAUGCCCUUUUAAAAUGUGGUUCUUUUUGAGGGGUUGUUAUUGGGUGAUUGCUGUUAUUUUUAUUUUACAUACUGUGAUCCUUUUCUGUGAACCGCCCUGAGACCUCCGGGUAUAAGUGGUAUAUAAAUUAAAUAAAUAAAUGAAUUAAGUAAGUAAGUAAGUAAGUAAGUAAGUGUCAGGCUAGGACCAGGGAGACCAGAGUUCGAAUCCCCGCUCAGCCAUGAAGCUAACUGGGUGCAACUUCAGGCCAGACACUGCUUCUCAGCCUAACCUACCUCACAGGGUUGGUUGUAAUGAUUCAAUGAGGAGUGGGGGGUGGGGGGUGGAGACCAUGUUUGCCACCUUGCUCUCCUGCCUCCUGCAAUAGCAGCACUGAAGUGACUUCCCCAGGGUGCAAGCCUGGAAGUCCUAGGCUGCCCAGACGGCAAGACCCCCCCCCUUUCGGCCUCGCUGAUGGGGUCCAAAAGAGAGAGAGGUUGUAGAGAAAUGGAAUUCAGAAUAUACAUACUGUACCAAUUGUGUAGCAGCUAUAAUAACAGGAACAGGAACAGGAACAGUAAUAAUAAUCUAGUUAUACCCCACCCAUCUGGCUGGGUUUCCCCAGCACUCUGGACAGCUCCAACAGAAUAUUAAAAACACAAUAAAGCAUCAAACAUUAAAAACUUCCCUAAACAGGGCUGCCUUCAGAAGUCUUCUAAAGUGAGAUAGUUGUUUAUUUCCUUGACAUCUGAUGGGAAGGCGUUCCACGGAACUGCAUGCUGAACAACUGCAUCAAAGUUUUGCAGCGUCGGAUGCCGCUGUUCACAGUCCAUCAGACACACUAGCCAUCUUCUAGGAUGUUCCGUUCCAUUUCUCUUGCUACAGGUUCUCCUGAACAGUCAUACCUUGUGUUGCGUUAGGUUCACGUUGAGUCUUUUCGGCUUGCGAACGCAGCAAACCUGGAAAUGUAUACUUCCGGGUUUUGCCAAGCGCAUGCAGAACCAUUCUGCGCACUUCGCAAAUGCGCAGAAGCACUCUGUCGCUCUCUGCGCUUGUGCAGAAGUGCCGCCGUAGUUGGGAACUUUUGGGGGUGUGAAUGGCACCCCGGAACAGAUCGUGUCCACAACUAGAGGUACCACUGUAUGCCAAUAAAGGAGAUAGAUGAUAGAUAGAUAGAUAGAUAGAUAGAUAGAUAGAUAGAUAGAUAGAUGAUAGAUAGAUAGAUAGAUGAUAGAUAGAUAGAUGAUAGAUGAUAGAUGAUAGAUAGAUAGAUAGAUAGAUAGAUAGAUAGAUAGAUAGAUAGAUAUAGAUAGAUUAAAGGAAUCUUAACCACAAUUCAAGUUUGGUUUCUGAAAACCACACGUUCCUUUGCGUCUUUCUGUGUAUUAUAAACCACUGUCCAGCGAAGGGUCCUUUAACUCUUCCAGCUGGGUGUUACAAAGUCAGAGGAAACUCAAAGCAAAAAUUUGCUGGAAAAUGGGAUGGUUAUAGAAGAUAUGUUCAAAAAUACAAUAAUAGUUUUGACUCUGUGCUAGCAUUCGAGUGAUAAAAGAAGUAAAAGGAGGUGGAUAACCAUUAAGGAUUUAUUAUGUUUUCAGAAUGUAUUGGAAAAUUUAUAUAGAAAUUUUGUGUACAUUCGAUUGUAAGAUAAAACAUAUGCAAAGGGACUGGACAGGAAGUCAAAAUUGAAGAAAAGAUUUUGUAAGAUAAAAGGGGGAAACUAUUUACUUUCAUUAUUAUCAUUUUUAUGUGUGUGUGUCUGUACAUAUGUGUGUUUUUAUAUGGAAUGCUUGGGAGGAAAUAAGACGGUAAAUAACAAAUACCAAAAAAAUCCUGCCGGGUGUCACAGUUUGCCUGUCUCUCGCCUUCCUCCCCGCAGGGAAGUGAUCCAGAUCGACCAGUUCCUGAAGGAGACGGCCGCCCGUGAGGCCAACGCCAAAGUCCGCCUCCAGCAGUUCAUCGAGGAGCUCCUGGAUCGAGCCGACCGGGCAGAGAAGCAGCUGCAGAUCAUCAGCAGCAGCUGCGGGACGACCCCCAACUGCAGCCUGGGGAGGUGCAGCGUGGCUGGAUCCAAGAGCACAGGAAGACCGGUACCCGAGCGACGCCCGUUCUAAGCAUAUAGGAAACUGCUCUAUACUGAGCCAGACACAUCGGUCCCUCCAGCCUCAGUGUUGCCUACGCUGACUGGCAACAGCGGCUUUCAGGCAGGGUUCACUCCCAACCCUGCUUGGAGAUCCUGGGGGUUGAACCCAGGACACCUUGACAUACGAGGCCAAUGCCGUCCCUCUGAGGGGGCAAUUCUGCCUAGCAAAUGGCUCUGGAAGGGGGAGGGAAGCAGAGCCAAGAGGGGAUUGACUGGGCGUGGGUGGGGUAUGGUCUGAGGACAAUGCCAGGGGCCAGAGAGAGAGCCUUGCGGACCACACCUGAGGUUCCCUACCCGUAAAUUAUAUUUAAUACCUCAAGGACCGCCUCUCCCCAUAUGAACCUACCCAGACCCUGAGAUCAUGUUCUGAGGCCUCCUCCUCGAAGGUCCAGAGGGUGGCAGGAAGAGAGUUUGGAUUUGAUAUCCCGCUUUAUCACUACCCGAAGGAGUCUCAAAGCGACUAACAAUCUCCUUUCCCUUCCUCCCCCACAACAAACACUCUGUGAGGUGAGUGGGGCUGAGAGACUUCAGAGAAGUGUGACUGGCCCAAGGUCACCCAGCAGCUGCAUGUGGAGGAGCGGAGACGCGAACCCGGUUCCCCAGAUUACGAGUCCACUGCUCUUAACCACUACACCACACUGGCAACACGAGAAACAGGGCCUUCUCUGCAAUGGCUCCCCAUCUGUGGAGUGCUCUCCCCAGGGAAGUUCGCCUAGCUCCUUCAUUAUACACCUUUAGGUGCCAGGCAAAAAAACAUUCCUUUUUAACCAGGCCUUUGGCUGAUCUGAUUUACAUCCUAUGCCCUUUUAAAACGUGUUUUCUUUUUUUGGAGGGGAGGACGCUAUUGGGUUGUUGUUUUUAUUUUUGUUAUGUAUUUUGUGGUUUUAUAUUCUUGAUUUUAUUCUGUGAACCACCCUGACACCCCCAGGUAUAGGGCGGUAUAUGAAUUCAAUAAAUAAAUAAACAAAUAAAUUUAUAUAUUUUUUCCUGCAUUGCAGGGGUUGGACUAGAUGACCCUUGGGGUCCCUUCCAACUCUGCAAUUCUACGCUGCUAUGGUUUAAAACAUGGGUAGGCAAACUAAGGCCUGGGGGCUGGAUCAGGCCCAAUCACCUUCUCUAUCCGGCCCGUGGAUGGUCUGGGAAUCAGCGUGUUUUCACAUGAGUAGAAUGUGUCCUUUUAUUUAAAAUGCAUCUCUGGGUUAUUUGUGGGGCAUAGGAAUUCGUUCAUCCCCCCCCCCCAAAAAAUAUAGUUUGGCCCCCCACAAGGUCUGAGGGACAGUGGACCAGCCCCCUGCUGAAAAAGUUUGCUGACCCGUUUUAGAGGCAGGAAUCAUGUAUCGCCAGGGUCUCUUCUGUGAUGCUCAUGUGGGGGUGCAAAAGUGGGGUGGAAAUGGUUCUGCUCAAGCACUUUGUAAUCUCAUCCAUUGAGGGGGUGAAAGAGUCUUCUGAUCCCCAGUUUCUUGUCUCCGCAGAGAGACAGGCACUCGGUUCCCGGAGCAACAGCACACAGUUCGUACGCGGUUUCCAACCAAAGAUCAUCUUCCAGCACCGGGUGAGGAAUUGUUUGUUUGUUUCAUAAAAUUUAGACACUGCUUGACUGGGAAAACAUACAACCGUUCUCAAAAACGAUAAAACAAUAAAAUUAACCAACAAAAAAUGAGAACAACAAUUUAAGUGAAAAUACAAACAGGCUAAAAAAACAGAUGAAAACUCGCAUCAACCUUCAAAACAUCUGGGUAAAGGUAAAGGGUAAAGGGACCCCUGACCAUUAGGUCCAGUCGCGGACGACUCUGGGGUUGCGGCGCUCAUCUUGCUUUAUUGGCCGAGGGAGCCAGCGUACAGCUUCCGGGUCAUGUGGCUAGCAUGUCUAAGCCGCUUCUGGCGAACCACAGCAGCGCACGGAAACGCCGUUUACCUUCCCGCUGGAGCGGUACCUAUUUAUCUACUUGCACUUUGAUGUGCUUUCGAACUGCUAGGUGGGCAGGAGCAUGGACCGAGCAACAGGAGCUCACCCCGUCACGGGGAUUCGAACCACCGACCUUCCGAUCGGUGUGGUGAUCACACAGGGUCCCCGGACGUUUCACCGUCUAUUGAUCCCUGUGCCACCACGUUACUUCUCGCUGCCACCACCCAGGCCCUACUUGGUACAAUACUGAGUCCAGUCAGGGUGAAAUUGGAAUAUAAACUUCUAUUUAUUGCCGUUUAACAAGCGUGUGGUUUCAUAAACGGUAUUGGUCAAUUGCAAUCAUGGGCUGCCUAUCCAGACCUAUAACUUCUGCUACCUGCUCUCACUCACUAAACCACCUCUCAGAUAUUUACUUGUCUUCCUAGCCCCUAACUGUUCCUGACUUAGCUUAUUUCACUACACUAACUCAACCUACCCACAGACUCUAUCCCAAUUCACUCCCACUCCAACCAACCACCCAGCUCCCAACGAACUCCAUCCCUUCGUCCCUCCCAGAGCUGGUUUUAUAGUCCCUCUGACUUCACCCCCUGGGUUCUGAUUGGGCAACCUGUUUAACUAUUUCACCAUCACUCUCAUAUGUUAACGUCACAAUCGGCAAGCCCUAGGCUCUGUGGUUUAGACCACAGUGCCACCCACGUCCCUUGUCUAAAUGGGAGUGUUUUUAGCAGGUGCCGGGAAAAGUGAUGUGAUGCUGCCUGCCUGAUAUCAAUGGGCAGGGAGUUCGAAAACAUAGUUCUUACAAAUACAGAAUAGGUAUUGGCCCAGAACAGAAAUGGGGCAGGCCAAGGGUUGGUCUGGAUGGCCUUUGGGUGCCCCUUCCCGCUAGCGUUUCCCUUCUGUGCUUCCAGAGCCUCUAGCCGUGCCAAAGCCGUCUCCCAGAGCUCCGGCUGCUACGACAGCGACAGCCCCGAGCUGUACCAGGCAGACGAGAACGCCGACGGGCAGUCCUACCAGGGCGGGCAGAACCGAAGUUCGGACAGUGCUUUCGACAGGCCCGGUGGGGUGAGGGCUUCGGGUCUCCGCAGGCAGGCCAUCCAGAACUGGCACCGCCGCCCUUACCGGAAUAGCACCGAGGGCGAAGAAGGAGACAUCUCUGACGUGGGCUCCAGGACCACCGAGUCGGAGGCCGAGAUGUGGGAGACCGAGCCCCCGGCAGAGGCUCAGCAGGAGAAUUUCUCUAGGUCCAGAAACAGCUCGAGGCUGCAAGGUGAGUCUCCUCUGUUGCGGAGAGCAGGGCAUGGUGGAUUUUCUUCCAUAAACCAUGUUUAUUACAACAUUUAAGGCAGCUUCUAUUGGGUCAGAGCAACAGCGGCCAUUGGGAACCCCCAAAAGCAAAGUCCGCGGGCCUAGAAAUUCUGCUGCUUUUGCCAUCCAUCUGCCUCGAGAGAGCAGAGUUGAAUUCCUGACCCCCAAAACGUAUUUUUAAGACCCCUCGCUGAUUAAACUUGCCAAAAUUAAGUCUCCCUCCUUAAGACGUGUUGAUGUUUAGAGCGUUAAUUUUUGUGUGUACUAUUAUAUUCCAAAAGAUUGUUGACUAUUGCUUUAUUAGAUACAAGUCAUUCGUUUUAAAGUUAUGUUUGAUAAUGACUUCCUGCAUUGGAUCAGAUUGUUGUAAGACGUGUGUCCUUUGUUGUAUAUGUUGUUGCCACAUACCGCCUUGUGUAUUGCAGUACAGUCAUACCUCGGGUUACAGAGGCUUCAGGUUGCGUUUUUUCGGGUUGCGGACCCCUGAAACCUGGAAGUACCGGAACGGGUUACUUCCAGGUUUUGGCGGUUGAGCAUGCGCAGAAGUGCUAAAUUGCACUUUGCGCAUGUGCAGAAGCACCGAAUCACAACCCAUGCAUUUGCAGACACGCCGCUGUGGGUUGCGAACGUGCAUCCCACAUGGAUCACGUUCGCAACCCAAGUGUCCACUGUAUACGAAGGCAGUACACAGGUACCUCAGUUUUCGGACGUCUCCAUUGCUGAACUUUUCAGCUUUCGAAUGCCGAAAACCCGGAAGUAAAUGCUUCCAUUUUUGAAUGCGCCUCUGAAGUCAAACGGCUUCUGCUGUGUGUACCUGUUGUUUUUCACAAUUUUCUCUACUGAAUUGGCAGGCCGCUCGGCCUUGUAACAUUUCAGAAGUCGAACGGUCUUCCGGAACGGAUUACGUUCGAAAACCGAGGUAACACUGUACCUACAAAUUAAAAAAGUGAAAGGAAAUGGAAAAUGGAAAAAAAAAAUGACACGCCCUAAUGUGCCCAGACAACUUUAUGGAUCUCUUAUGUCACAGCCAGGUCUGAAGGAGGGAAGGCAGUCCGGCCUGAGAGAGGCAGCCCGGCUCGCUCAAACGAGGUCAUCAGCCCUGAAAUCCUCAAGAUGCGAGCCGCUCUCUUCUGCAUUUUCACGUAUCUCGACACCAAGACGCUGCUGAGGGCAGCCGAGGUCUGCAAGGACUGGAAGUUUGUGGCGCGGCACCCUGCCGUGUGGACCCGGGUGCUCCUGGAGAACGCCAGGGUGUCAUCCAAGGUGAGCCAAAGUCUUGAGAUUGCUGUGGCUUACUGGCUUUUGUUGUCUAUUUGUGUUGUUUUUCAAAAAAUAAUUUUUAUUUGAUUUUACAAGCAAAAAGUUGUAACAAUACCAAAUACAUAUCCAUAUAUAGAGAUUUCUCUGAAUUCCUCGACUUCCCUCGAUGGGUCCUAUUGUCAACAUUUUCAACUGCGUAUUAUUACAGAAUCCAUAUUUUGUAUCUUUCCAUAUUGUCCAUCAUAUUAGUGACAUUACAAGUGUUGUUAAAAUCCUGCUAAUGUUUUCAUCUGCUUACAGUGGUCUCCUAAGGUAGAUUAUAAACUUUCCCCAUUCUUUCUUGAAAUUAUUGUCUUCUUGGUUCCUGAGCUUUCUGGUCAGUUUUGCCAUUUUGGCAUAUUCUAACAGCUUAAUUUCUCAUUCCUCUCUGGUGGGGAUUUUAUCUUCUUUCCAUCUUUAGGCUAGUACCAUCCUUUUUUUGUUUUGUUUUGUUUUUUUAAAUUGAACUCUAUGAUCCAAAUAUUGCGCCCAUUUUCUCAUAUGUGUAUCCUGGUUCUGAUCCAAGUUUAACCAGAGCUUAUAGGAUUUUGAAGUUAUGCCUGUAUCCAAGUGGGAGCUAAGCAGAACGUCAGGGCCUGAAAGGAUAUGGAAGAGUGGCGCUUGCCUGGCAUUUAAUGUCCCUUGUCCUUCCACAGUUCCUGGUCAUGCUGUCACAGUGGUGCACCCAAACACACUCCCUCACCCUCCAAAACCUCAAGCCCCGUCAGAGGGGAAAGAAGGAGACCAAGGAGGACUACAUGAAAAGCACACGGUGAGUCAGACCCUCCUGGCAAGUCGGUCAGGGAAACUGACAAGCUAGAAGGUGUGCAGAGGUGGGUGUCAGAUGCUGGUGGUGGUUGCUCGUGAGUAGCCAGGCAGGACUCCGACGUGUCUUUUACAGGUUUUAUUGUGCAAACUAUUUACAGUGCAGAUCCACAAAGUUCAUGUCUGUCUUAGUCACUUGCAGAAUCCGGGAGUGGCCCCUUCCGGUUUCUCCCCCAACAUAAGAACUUCGACACCCCAACCCUCCUCCUCCCCUCCUUGCGUUUCAUCCCUCUGCACAAGCUGGGCAAUGGAACUGGCGUGCAUCCCUCCUGGCCAGCCUGGCUAGGUGAGGUGCUGGGGCUCUCAACAGCGUCCUUGAGCCCUUCCCCCUCUUCUCCACUGGAGGUGUGGCUUUUCCCACCGCUGGAAGAAGAACUGCUCCUCAGGAGUUUUGGAGGCUCUCUGUAUCCCAACAGCCCCCCUGCCUCCCUCCCCUGUUCUGAUAGCAGUCCCCUGACAGUGGGCAACCAAUAUAUUCAAGGGUCUGGAAACCAAGCCUGAUGAGGAACGGUCGAGGGAGCAGGGUAUGUUUAGCCUGGAAAAGAGGAGGAGACUGAGAGGAGCUAUGAGAGCCAUCUUCAAAUAUCAGGCUUAACAUGAGUCCACAGUGUGAGGUAGCAACAACAAAAAGCUAAUGCUAUUCUAGGCUUCGUCAACAGAAGUGUAGUACCCUGGUCAAGAGAAGGAAUAGUCCCACUCUAUCCUGCCUUGGUCAGACCACACCUGGAAUACUGUGUCCAGUUCUGGGCACCACAAUUUCAGAAGAAUGUUGACAAGCUGGAAGGUGUGCAGAGGAGGGCAACCAAGAUGAUCAGGGGUCUGGAAACCAGGCCUUAUGAGGAACGGUCGAAGGAGCCGGGUAUGUUUAGCCUGGAAAAGAGGAGACUGAUAGGAUAUAUGAGAGCCAUCUUCAAAUAUCUCAAAGGCUGUUGCAUGGAAGAUGGAGCAAGAUUGUUUCAUCCUGCUCUGGAGUGUUAAUGGGUUGUUCUUAUUUUGAUUUUAUAUAUUGUGAUCUUUUCUGUGACCUCUGGGUAUAGGAUUACCAGACGUCCCAUUUCCUGGGGACAGUCCCUGGGUUUGCGAAUAAGUCUCCGGACAAAUUCCAUCAACGGAAUGUCCCCGGAUUUCAUCUGAUGUCCCCGGGAAAUGCAGUGGCGGCAGUCUCAGCAGCCUGGAGCAGUUGGAUCUGGCUGGCUUCAGGAGCUGCUCGGAAGUCCCCCUAUGAUGGUGUUGCAGGGGCUCAAAGACGCAGCUUCCGGGCUGCCUCCCCCUUCCCUGACCCCAGCAACUAAGCUGCGAAGGGAGGCUUCAUGCUGCCUGUCGGAGCAGCCUCCCAACUCCUACUUGCGUGCAAGCAGGAGCGGGGCAGGGAUCUCUCAGCUGGGAAGGGAGGCUUCACGCUGCCUAUCAGAGCUUGUGUGCAAGCAGGAGUAGGAAUGGGACUGGGGCAGCUCCAAUGGAAAGGUAGGCAUCGCGCUGCCCGAGCCUCGCCGCCACUCUCAGCCCUCCUUCUCCGCCUUCCAUGCCUGACCCACCUCGCACCGCUUCCCCACCACCACUGAAGAACCAACAACUCAGGGGCUGCCCAGGCUCAUGGAGAAAGGAGAUAGAAGCCUCAGAGGAAGAGGAAAUGUGAGGUCAAGGCGGCAGCCGCCCCUCUGCCACCGCCAUCACUGCAGCAACAGCGGUGCCAGAAAUCGCGUCUGCACACGCGCAGACGACGAAAAUCGCGGACGCUCACACAAUCCAGCCCACAGGGGGAUCUCCGCGGGACCGAUCCGGCCCAGGCAAGAUAAACCUUGCCGACCCCUGCUCUGAAGGAAGCCAUCAUCAGCAAUGUCUAGGCAACACGAUGGCCAUGUACAUAUGCAAUAAACAAUGUUUUAUAGAAUUCCUUCAGACCCUAACAAAGUCCAAAAUGAAAUCUAUCGUCUUAAAGUCUCUUAAAAUCUUUAAAUGAAGUGAGGUACCAGACUUUGUACAAUGAAAGACUCAUCUUAUUUUGAAUGAAUGUAUGUAAAUGAAAAUAUCAAUUAUUAUUACAUGAGCACUGUUCCACAGCAUUUGAUAUAUUCAUUUACAUACAUUCAUUAAAAAUAAGAUGGGCUUAUGAAGCAAUUCCAUAUCCUCCCACCACGCCGACGAAGAAUUCUACGAAACAGUAGUCAAUAUCCGGAAUCACCGUUCAGUGUUGGACAUCAUAUUUGCUGAAUACACAAAGCUUCACAGCUUGUCUUUCAUCGUACAGUCUGGUGCCUCGCUUCAUUUAAAGGUUUUCAGAGACUUUGAGUCUAAAGAUUUCAUUUUGGACUUGUUAGGGUCUGAAGGAAUUCCAUAAAAGAUUGUUUAUUGCGUAUGUACAUGCCAUCGUGUUGCCUAGACAUUGUUGUCGUUCUCUUUGCAACGCAGGGGUUGGUUUGGUUACUUACUGAAGGAAACCAUGGCAGUUAAAGACGUAUAAAACUGCCCUGGGUUUUGUGGUGCAAAGAUCUGCCCCGGCUGCCUUCUUCCCCUUCGCCAUUUGGACAACUCGAUGGUAGAGCACAAGACUCUUAAUCUCAGGGUUGUGGGUUCGAGCCCCACAUUGGGCAAAGGAGUCAUGUAUUAAAGGGGGUUGGUCUAGAUGGCCCUCGUGGUCCCUUCCAACUCUACAAUUCUGAUGAUAUGGACCUUUCCUUCACAGGGGCUGCCUCGAAGCUGGCCUGGAGUCGCUGCUGAAGGCCACCGGAAGCAACCUCUUGAUUCUCCGGAUUUCGCACUGCCCCAACAUCUUGACAGAUCGCUCCCUCUGGCUGGCCAGCUGCUACUGUCGAGCGCUCCAAGCCGUCACCUACCGGUAGGCGGACAGAAUGCAACUCUCUUUUUAAAAUAAUAAUAAUAACAAUAACAAUAAUAAUGGCAUUUUUAAAAAUUUACAUAUACCAAAAAGAAAAAAACAAUACAUAAAAGAAAAAGGAAAAGGAAAAGAAAAAGAGAAAAAGAAAAAGAAAGAAAGAAAGAAAGAAAGAAAGAAAGAAAGAAAGAAAGAAAGAAAUUUGUCAAAUACACAAAAUUAUUCAAGGAGUACAAACCAUAAUUUGAAUAAUCUAUACACCAAAUUCCUAGAAAGAAAUUACCUUCAUGUUUCUCCUUUUCUUUUUCAUUCUUUACAGUCACUUUCUUUCCUUUUCACUAAACUGGUUUGAGUCCCUUAUAUGUUUAUUCACUUCCCCCUAUCUCUAUGCGGCUUCAACAGUCCUCUUACAUUAAAAUUAUCUGUAUUCAACCGUUGAAAAAGAAAAAUCCCUUAUAUCUGUGGAAUUAAUGUAGGCACAACCGAGUGUUGUUUUUGGAACAGUAUUUUGUCAGGUAAUUUUUAAAACAAUCCCAUUCCUUUUUUUAACCAUUUCGCCUGAGUGGUUUCUUAUUAAUUCUGUCAUUUUGGCAGGUUCGCGACAAAAUGCGGUUCUCAACCAAUUUAGAAAUGUGGCAGUGAGGUGCAGUGGUUAGAGCACCAGACUAGGGCCAGGGAGAGAGCAGGGUUCAAGUCCCGGCUCGGCCAGGAAUGAAUCUCUCUGCCUCUCAGCCUAGCCUACCUCACAGGCCUGUUGUGGGGAUGAAAUGAGGAGGGGGAGAAACAGAAAGAAACACAAAAAAAUCAGAUAAAACACCGGUAAAUAAGAAGCAGAACCUAACCUUGUUUUCCGCUGGCAAAACUGGACCCUAGGCAGAUUCUCUUUUUCUUUCUUUCUUUUUUUAAUUUACAUUUUAUUUAUUUGUUAACAUUCUUAUAUUACAUCGGUAAACGUUGCCAUAUUACAUUACAGGACUUACUAUAAUAUAAUUUCCAACAUGUAUACAAAAAUUAUAUACAAAUUUUAUAUACCUAGAAAGAAAAUGAAACAAAAAAAAAGAAAGAACAAAGAGGGGAAAAAACAACACACACCCCCAAAAUCAUACACAUACCAACACACUAGACUUCCUGUCUUUCCCGUUGUAUAUUCCUUUUUUACAAAUGAAUGCACUCUUAUUAUUGUAUAUUUCUUUACAUAUUAUCUAAUGCAUUCCUAUAUCAUUAUGUGCUCUUAGUCUUAUUUCUCAACUCAGUCUCACUCCAACGUCAAUCAAAUGCUAGCAUAGAUAGCGAACCUUUGCUGUAUUUUUUAAUGUAUGUUUUAUAUCUAUCCCAUUUUUCCAUAAAUUUUUGUUUUGAAUUGCCUCUCAGGGUAUUUGUUAACUGCGCCAUUUCAGCAAAUUCCUGUAGCUUGAAAUGCAAGUUUGUUAUUGUCGGGGCUUCUUGUUCCUUCCACCCCUUUGCCACCACAGUCCGAGCUGCGGCCUUUGCAAAGACCUUCCUGAGUGGGAGGUCUUCAGCCAAAGAUUUUUUUCCCCCGCUGUCAAUGGGCAUAUAUGCAAAGCCACUUAAUUACUGCCGUUUAUGCAAGCUGGGUGGGAGGCCUGUAGCCAACGAUCGGGCUAGCCCGUCAAUCGGCAUAUGCAAAAUUACUUAAUUACUGUAAUUUAUGCAAGCUGUAGAGUUCUUCUUUUUCUUCCCUGUCUUGGCAUCAGAUGUUGUCGCCUGGCCACAGAAUUCUGUGCUGCAAAUGGAGGAAAAACACAAUUGGAAAGAAAAUCCUAGUAUGGCUAGGGAUCACACUUUUUAGAUGCAAUUUUUAAAAAAUAGUCCUACCUAUAGUAGCAUCUGGAGAGGCACGGAAUGUUUUCCUGGCAUCAAGAGAAGGGCGUGUGUGCUUUGCCAGCUGAUCUUCUGUGUGUCUGGCUGAGCUAUUGUUUUGGGAGAAAUGAUUGCUUUUCUGGAUCCGGGAGGAAGAUGCAGCUGUGAGGUUUGGUGGGUGAAAGGGAGCAGAGUUUUGUUUGCUUAGUCAUUUAGUUGUGUCUGACUCUUCGUGACCCCCUGGACCAGAGCACGCCAGGCACUCCUGUCUUCCACUGCCUCCCGCAGUUUGGUCAGACUCAUGCUGGUAGCAUCGAGAACACUGUCCCACCAUCUCGUCCUCUGUCGUCCUCUUCUCCUUGCGCCCUCCAUCUUUCCCAUCAUCAGGGUCUUUUCCAGGGAGUCUUCUCUUCUCAUGAGGUGGCCAAAGUCUUGGAGCCUCAGCUUCACGAUCUGUCUUCCCCUUAAGGAAUAAAUAAUUUUUAAAAUAGGAAAUGGAAUGAAUGGAAGGGAGGGAGGCGGUGGCCAAUUUUGCUGACCUUUUCUGAGGACCCAAGUCAUCAGGCUGUUGCUGUUUGAACUCCCCAUCUCCAGACAGGGCUGGGGAAAAUUUGGCACAUCCUGAUUCUGAAUAAAGCACCUUCCUGUGUCCCUAUGAACGAAAACUGAACUGAAAGGACUCCCUUUGCUCCAAUUGUUCAUUCAUUCGGAAACGAAUCCAUAUUCCCCUGUGCGCCAGGAGAUUGGGGAGAAGGAGGCCUUUGCCCUUCAUCCCAGGCCGACAGCGGAGGUGUGAAAUAAUAAGGAACCUUUUCUUUGCUUCAAGCCUGGGGGUGUGACAGGUGAGCAUCUGUAAUAGAAUUUUAAGGUCAUAUAUAUAAUAAAUCUUCAUAAAUAUACCACCGUCUGGAGCAGCACAGGAAGACCUCCUGAAACCAUUUUGACUCCCAAGCUGACCAAAUGUUUUUCUGCAAGGAGGGAGCAGGGUGAGGGAACCUACAUUGUCACAGGAAUUAAGUAAUCACCAUUUCAAAUGGAAUGGGCAGACUACCAGGAAAGGCAAUCAGAUAAGGCAUUAUCAGAAUCCCUGCCAGACGGGAAAAACAACAACACUCAAAUUUCUGUUGUAGACCGCCUUUUCUGCGAUGUAGGUAUGAUGUUUGUGGGGGGUGGUCUUAGGUUAUACCCCUUCUGUGGUGUAUGUAUGAUGUAUGGAGGGGUGGUCUUGAGCUCCAGGACAGGGAAUUAAAAAUGUCUAUAUAAGGGCUUCCACACUGUUGUUCUGGGUUCCUCCUCCUUUCCUGCGGGUGAGGAGAUCUUCCCUGUUGCAACAGAUCAAUAAAGAUCAGGCUUACGAGCUGCUUUGCUUCUCAAUAGUCUCUGGUUGGUCUCUGUUAUUUUCUCCUACCAAUAGGGAACCCACGUAAGGACUCUAUAAGAGCUCUUGUGUCCCCCAUAAGGGAAUAAGGGCAGAUUUUGUUUACAGCACACCACGGCUGGGCUUUAUCCUCAGCAAGACUGCCAUGGCGAAGCGGCUUAGCAUGCCGGCGGAGGAGUGCAAUACUGUCCCCGUGUCAGGACGUCUGGGAGAAACCGUGCAAUUAGCCCAGCUUGAAUGGGCUGGUGAGAUUGUCUUAGAUUAGGAGGCUGAGCUGGCGUGGAGAACACAUCUGGGAUGCGCAGAGGAGCUGUGGGUGGCUCUUUGCGAAACAAGUGGCUGGGGUGGGCUCGCUCUGAAAGGCUGAGCAUCUCCCACUGAGAAAAAGGUCACAGCAUUCCCACUGUUAUAAGAAAAUAGGCUCCCUUUCCCUUAUGGGGUAUUCUGGAGCCCAUCCUUAAGUGGAUUCCCUACACUGGCUCCCAGUACAUUUCUGAGCACAAUUCAAAGUGUUGGUGUUGACCUUUAAAGCCUUAAACGGCCUCAGAACGAUGGGGCUGGAGACCCUCCUUCAGGUAUACUGGGUCGAGGCCGUUUAGGGCUUUAAAGGUCAGCACCAACACUUUGAAUUGUGCUCGGAAACGCACUGGGAGCUGAUGUAGGUCUUUCAAGACCGGUGUUACGUGGUCUCGGCGGCCGCUCCCGGUCACCAGUCUAGCUGCCGCAUUCUGGAUUAAUUGCUGUUUCCAGGACACCUUCAAAGGUAGCCCCACGUAGAGCGCAUUGCAGUAGUCCGAGCAGGAGAUAACUAGAGCAUGCACCACUCUGGCGAGACAGUCUGCAGGCAGAUAGGGUCUCAGCCUGUGUACCAGAUGGAGCUGGUAGACAGCUGCCCGGGACACAGAAUUGACCUGUGCCUCCAUGGACAGCUGUGAGUCCAAAAUGACUCCCAGGCUGCGCACCUGGGCACAGUUCAGGGGCACAGUUACCCCAUUCAGGACCAGUGAGUCCCCCACACCUGCCCGCCUCCUGUCCCCCAAAAACAGUAUGAGGGACCUGGGCGUGUUCUGCCUGGAGAAAAGGAGACUGAGAGGAGAUAGGAUCUUCAACUAUCUCUGGGGCUGUCACAUGGAAGAGGGAACAAGCUUGUUUUCUCCUGCCCUGGAGGGCAGGACUCGAACCAGUGGCUUCAAGUUACAAGAAAGGAGAUUCUGACUGGACGUAAGGAAAGACUUUCUGUCUGAAAGAGCUGUUUGACAGUAGAAGUGGUGGACUCUCCUUCCUUGGAGGUUCAGAGCUGGAGAGGGGAGCACAAGAUGUGUUGGAAGAGGCAGGCCAGGCAAGUGAAGGGCUGGGUGUUUCCCCAGCCUCUCCUGCACCACUGUCUCCCAGAACCAGCGGCGGACUGAAAAGGGAUGAGCAAAGGGAGCUCCAUGCAGGCAUAGUCUCUGGCUGCAUGAGAACAGCCCCUUAGCGGGAGGUACAUAGAGUUAACUAUCUGCAGUGCCCAUUUCACCCAGCCAGCCAGCCACCAGCUGGUGUCAUCUGAAGGCUGCUAGGGUGGGGUUAAAUCCUAUGUCGGCUGUGCAUCCCUGUUUCCAACAGCUAAUGAAUGGGGUUAAAUCCUGCUCAGUCUGGCAGGAUCAUUAGCAAAACAACAACAAACCUAUGAUUACAUGAAACGUAUUCAAAAAACACAUAAGAUGUAAUCGGCUGUACUUUUGAAUAAAUAAGGUAUACUAUUUAUUGUAUCAAAUGUAGAUUUCAACGGAAGUCUCAUAAAGUUCAACGGAAAAAGCAGAAGACCGAGUGGAUCAGUUCAUUCUAUAUUCUAUUCAUGCAUAAGGUCCAUACAUGUAUAAAUAUAAUAAAUAUUUAUUAUACAGUCUGGCAGGAUUGCAUAGAAACAGGUACAGUGAAGGGGCCUGUCUGGUCUCAAUUGGCGGGGAGUUCCAAAGUUUAGGUGCCGCCACACUAAAAGAUUGAGCGCUCACAAAUGCAGAAUGGCACCUGUCACGGAGUAUGCCUGUCAGCAGAUCACACCCUUCAAAGCUGGAGUUAACCCUUUAUUGGCUCUUCACAGACUUGGCUGAGUUUCCUGCCUAAUAAAACUGCUGCCACAUUUUGCAAAGCUAAGCAGGGUCCAGGUUCAAAUUGGAUGGGGGACUGAGUGUUGCGAUACCUACAUUGCAUCGGGGUUGGACCAGCAGGCGCAAUCAGCAACAAGUCUCUUGUAAGUGGGGCAGGGGAUGCAGUGAAACAAAUUCACUUUGAAAAGAUGCUUGACUUUAAUCAUGAAAGAAAUUCAAGGCAGGUGGACUCAUACAGUGAUAGGCGUGCAGACGAUCGUGGGGUCUUUCGCCUCUCCAUUAUUUGGAUGAUUUCCUGCGGCAGAUUGCACGGGCACAGAAAAAGUGCUCGCCUGACAUUUGCUCUGCCUGCUAUUCCAUGCAUAUCCUUCCCAGCUGAGACAGUGCUGUUGAACCCGAUCUGGCUUUCGCUGCUGGCAACGAAUCCUGCAAAACCAUCAGCAGUCACUUCUUGCCAUUCACUUUAUUGCUUCAGGAAGAGCAGCUUUUGCUGUGACUUUUCCUUCUAGGCAGCCCCAGUUCACCUCCCAAGACUGCUGCUACUCAGCCCGUAGGAGGCUGCUUGGUCUAGUUUAGAGAAAAGGCACGCGAACAAGCUGGCAGGAUGAUAAGAAAGCGGAUGGGAAAACGUUUCCCUCCCUCUCGUUCUGCCCAGACACUGAGGUCCAGCACCGAGGGCCUUCUGGCGGUUCCCUCCUUGCGAGAAGUCAAGUUACAGGGAACCAGGCAGAGGGCCUUCUUGGUAGUAGCGGCCCCCUGUGGAACGCCCUCCCACCAGAUGUCAAAGAGAAAAAUAACUACCAAACUUUUAGAAGAUAUCUGAAGGCAGCCCUGUUUAGGGAAGCUUUUAAUGUUUAAUAGGUUAUUGUAUUUUAGUGUUUUGUUGGAAGCCGCCUGAAGUGGCUGGGGAAACCCAGCCAGAUGGGUGGGGUAUAAAUAAUAAAUAAUAAAUUAUUAUUAUUAUUAUUAAAUGCCAAUGAACAUCCAGUGGAGGCAACUGCUGGAGGAUUAUGGUCAGAAAAAGGAAAGUACUAACUUCCACAGUUAACUUGGGGAACUCCCUCCCACAGGAAGCUGUGAUAGCGACCAGCUUGGAUGCAUUUAAAAGGGGAUCAGACAAAUGCAUGGAGGAGAGGAUGGGAUGGAUCUAGACACAGGGGAAAAACCACUAUAAAUAAGUCAGAAAUUAAAUUAUAACAAAAGGGGGGGAAAUCUCUAUGGAAAAUCGUGUUUUAAAAUUUCCUGCUCUCUGGCGCCAUCUGGUGUUGCAUGUUUAUAGCGCAUUCAAAUCGCUGUUUCUUCACUAACGUAGCUGAGUCCCUAGAUGCGGCAAAGAAAUUUGUUUUCAGGCCUCACAAUGGCAUGCUUAAUUGCAGGGCUCUGUGGUUUAUUUAUUUGAAGCUAAAGUCAGGCUGAGCAGGCAGUGGCCCCUUCUCCUCCCACCGUUUUGCAGCUCAGAAUCGCCCUCCCCUAAGUGCUUUUCCAUUCGCAGACGGAACCAUGCAAGGCAGGGGUCAGCAAACUUUUUCAGCAGGGGGCCACUCCACUGUCCCUCAGACCUUGUGGGCCGGACUAUAUUUUGGGAACAAAUAUGAUGCAAGAGCACCACGAGCCCCGGUGGCUGCUUACCUGUGUUUUGCGAGCGGCAGGGGCUGGUGGCGGCGGAACAAGGAGCGGCGCGCAAAAGUGCUCCGGAGAGGGGCUGCUUAAAAUGGCGGCCACUCGAGAGCUGCUGCUGCUGGCACCAACAAAGCCCAGCCCCCUUCCUCCUCUAGGCAGGGCGGGGAGAAGCCAGGAGGAGGGAGGGAGAGAGGAGGUGCGUCACCGCCAUGGGAGGGAGAGGGAAAGAACGUGCGCACUGGCGAUCCACGCAGCGAUUCCCGGACCUUCCGCGGGCUGGAUCCAGCAGGCAAUUGGGCCUGAUCCAGCCUGUGGGCCUUAGUUUGCCAAUCCAUGAUCUAGGGCUUACCUUUGUCUUGCGAGCGGCAGGGGCUGGUGGCGGCGGGACGAGGAGCGGUGUGCGAAAGUGCUCCAGAGAGGAGCUGCUUAAAAUGGUGGUCGCUCGAGCGCUGCUGCUGCUGGUGCAAACAAAGCCCAUGCAUGGAGGCGAGGGCUGUUGAUGGCUGUUGGUAUUAUGGCUACGCUCUGCCCUUCACCGUCGGAGGUUUCUGAAUUCCAGUUCCUGGAAACCACAGGAGGGACGAUGGGUGCUGUGUUCGAAUCCUGCUUGCGAGAUUCACAAUGAGGCAUCUGGUUGGCCGUUAUGAGAGCAGGACGCUGGGCUGGAGGGGCCAUUGGCACAAGGCAGCUUUUGCUGUUCCUCUGUUUUCUCUCUCCUUCCUUCCCUUCUUCCCUCGUUCGUCCCCGUCCUCCCGGCAGGAUCAGGCCCACCUGGGCAGCUCCUGCUUGGCAGCUCAGCAUCCUGCCCACGUGUUUUAAUUAACGGCAAGCCAAGCCGGUCGGGGCGCCUUGGCAGGCGACUUCCUGGGAGAUGGAUGAGCGUUCCAGAUAAUAUGAUCCUGCUUAUUUUUAGGCUCAACCGAAGCGUAGAAGUAGGUCAUUCACAAAUUAGAAAACAGCAAAGCUUACCUUUUAGGUAGAGAGGGGGCACCAGGUAAUUCUCACCCCGGGGGCUUUGCCUGGGCCUACCCUUUUGCCUCUUCCACCCAAAAGAGGGACAAACCUGAGACGUUUUUCAUAUCGGAAAUCCAAAUGGCACCUUCACCCUAGGUCAGGGUUGCCAUAUUUUGAAGAGCAAAAAAGAGAACACAUUUGCCAGCGCCUGGGGUGGGAGGGAAGGGGUGUGGGAGCAGGCGCACGCUACAAUGUCCCUUCAAAAUGUACAAAAACUUGGCAGUGGUCAUUAUUGGCACAUGAUGAUGAUGAUGAUGAUGAUGGCAUUACCUGCUAAGGGCAGUACCUGUGGCAGGAGACACUUCAUGCUCCUUCCAGGCUAGUUAUUUAUUUAUUUAUACAUACAUACAUACAUACAUACCCUGCCCAUCUGGCUGGAUUUCCCCAGCCACUCUGGUCGUCUCCCAACAGAAUAUUAAAAACACAAUAAAACAUCAAACAUUAAAAACUUCCCUAAACAGGGCUACCUUCAGAUGUCUUCUAAAAGUCAGAUAGUUGUUUAUUUCCUUGACAUUGGAUGGGAGGGUGUUCCACAGGGCGGUGCCACUACCGAGAAGGCCCUCUGUCUGGUUCCCUGCAACCUCACAUCUCACAGGGAGGGAACCGCCAGAAGGCCCUCAGAGCUGGACUUCAGUUUCUGGGCUGAAUGAUGGGGGUGGAGACAUUCCACCUCAAUCAAUCAAUCAAUCAAUCAAUCAAUCAAUAAUUUUCACUCGCCUUGCUAAAUCCUAAAUAUAAAUCAUCCUCCUGCUAAUUCCCAUGAAACACAGUUCACGCUCUCCAGUGCUUCUUAGUUUGGCUAUGCUUCUAUUUUCAUCAACGCAGAAUCCACCUGCCAAAGGAUGCCAUUUUUGAGGAAUCUAAAGAACACCUGAGUUGUGGGAAAGGGUGGAUCAGACGCAAUUUGACGCUCACCUGCUCCUAUGGAGUUGUUCAUCUCUUUCCCCCUUCCCAUUUCUUCGUUGCAGGAGUUCCACUGACCCCGUGGGCCAUGAGGUUAUCUGGGCACUGGGAGCAGGCUGUCGAGACAUCAUCUCCUUACAGGUGGCGCCGUUGCACCCUUGGUAAGAAUGCCGGAGCAUGCAAUUACCCUCGCUCCUUUGCUGGUAUUUUCCUCUCUUUCCUCUGAACUUUUUUUUUAAAAAAACUUUUAUUUUGCUUUAAACAGGUACAUAUAAGCAGGUACAUAUAAAUACAGAUAUAUAUUUCCUCAAUGCACACACAAACACACACACGCAUGGAAAUAGCAACACCAGCAGGGCAAUUUUCAUGGACGAAAUUGUGUGUGCAGGGAGGGUUCCAGCACUGCGGCAGCAGUCAGACUCUCUCACACACACUCCGUGGCUGAUGUGAAACUUUUCAAAAACACCUCUCAAAGUGCAACUGGGAGGGCUCUAGACACAGGGGGAAAACCACUAUAAAUAAGUCGGAAAUCAGAUUAUAACAAAAGGGGGAAAAAUCUCUAUGGAAAAUCGUGUUUUAAAAUUUCCUGCUCUCUGGCACCAUCUGGUGUUGCAUGUUCAUAGCGCAUUCAAAUCACUGUUACUUCACUAACAUAGCUGAGUCCCUAGAUGCGGGAAAGAAAUUUGUUUUCAGGUCUUGCAAUGGCAUGCUUAGUUGCAGAGCUCUGUGGUUUAUUUAUUUUAAGCUAAAGUCAGGCUGAGCAGGCAGUGGCCCCUUCUCCUCCCACCGUUUUGCAGCUCAGAAUCGCCCUCCCCUAAGAGCUUUUCCAUUUGCAGACAGAAACAUGUAGGGCAGAGGUCAGCAAACUUUUUCAGCAGGGGGCAGCUCCACUGUCCCUUAGACUUUGUGGAGGCCGGACUAUAUUUUGGGAGCAAAAAUGAUGCAAGAGCACCACGAACCCCUGGUGGCUGCUUACCUGUGUCUUGCGAGCAGCAGGGGCUGGUGGUGGCAGGACGAUGAGCGGCGCACAAAAGGGCUCCGGAGAGGGGUUGCUUAAAAUGGUGGCCACUCAAGCACUGCUGCUGCUGCCGCUGGGGCAAACAAGGCCCAGCCCCCUUCCUCCUCUAAGUAACCAAACCAACCAACCCCUGUGUUGCAAAGAGAACGUCAGCAAUGUUUAGGCAACACGAUGACUAUAUACAUAAGUAAUAGACAAUCUUUAUAGAAUUCCUUCAAACCAUAAGAAGUACAAAAUGAAAUCUUUAGUCUCAAAGUCUCUGAAAAUCUUUAAAUGAAGCGAGGGACCAGACUUUGUACCAUGAAAGACAAGCUGUGAAGCUUUGUGUAUUCAGCAAAUAUGAUGUCCAACACUGAACAGUGAUUCCGGAUAUUGACUACUGUUUCGUAGAAUUCUUCAUCAGCUUGGUGGGAAGAUAUAGAAUUGCUUCAUAAGCCCAUCUUAUUUCGAAUGAAUGUAUGUAAAUGAGUAUAUCAAAUGCUGUGGAACAGUGCUCAUGUAAUAAUGUAGUCAAUGCUGUAGUCACAGCAUUUACAUACAUUCAUUCGAUAUAAGAUGGGCUUAUGAAGCAAUUCUAUAUCCUCCCACCACGCCGACGAAGAAUUCUACGAAACAGUAGUCAAUAUCUGGAAUCACUGUUCAGUGUUGGACAUCAUAUUUGCUGACUACACAAAGCUUCACAGCUUGCCCUUCCUCCUCUAGGCAGGGCGGGGAGAAGCCAGGAGGAGGGAGGGAGGGAGGAGGCGCCGGCGCCGCUACCGUAUGAGGGAGAGGGAAAGAACAUUCGCACUGGCGAUCCACGCGGCGAUUCCCGGACCGUCCGUGGGCUGGAUCCAGAAGGCAAUUGGGCCUGAUCCGGCCCUGGGUCUUAGUUUGCCGACCCAUGAUGUAGGGUCAACAAUGGAGACCACAGGUCUUCUAUAAGUAAGUAAAAUACAGUCAUACCUCAUGUUACAUUUGCUUCAGGUUGAACAUUUUCAGGUUGCGUCCCGCGGCGACCCGGAAGUACCGGAAAGGGUUACUUCUGGGUUUUGCUGCACACGCAAAAUGACAUCAUGCGCAGAAGUGGGGAAUCGCAGAGACGCAGGUUGUGUUCUGCUCAUGUUGCAAACGGGCCUCUGGAACGGAUCCCGUUCGCAACCAGAGGUACCACUGUAGAUAUAUUUCACCGCAAGGGUGAGAAUUAACUUGGUAUCUCCGCUGUCAGAGGCGAGAAAUGCCCCUAAUUACCAGGAGCUGGGAACCACAACGCAGGAGCAAAAAAAAAUAAUGGAAGUAAAACUUUGCCUUGUCCCUGUACAUCGCCGCUAGAAGCAGCGCUGGCUUCCAGAAGUACAUAUGGGGAUGUGGCGGGGUCGGAGUUGGAGACUGCAAAAGUGCGAGGCAGGGAGGGAGCUCAGAGGGGGUGGGGCAUGAGUGAGAGGGGGCGUGGUCUCUUUCGAGGUUGUGUCCCAAUUUCCCUCCCUCGGGCGCAGGAGGGUCUGUGCCACCUCCCCCCUGGGAAACCCAAAGUUUGGUGCUUUAUCGGAGCAGAAGGCAAUCAGGUGUUUUGUGGACUGCUGUUUGUUCCAAUUUAUCGCCAAAGAAUUGGUUUCCCCAGGGGGGAAGCGUUGACAAGCUCCACAUCACCUUUUAAACACCCGUCGAAGACGCUCCUUUCCCAACAAGCCUUUUAAGUGGAGAUCUGUAUCCAUACGGGACUUGAAAUUGUCCUUACAUACGAAAUGUAUUUUUAAUAUGCAAGCUGUCCUUAAUUGCUUGUGCGGACGGAAUGGUUUUGACGCAUGGCGUUGUUGUUGUUUUUAUUGCUGAUGUCUCCACUGCAAAAUUGCUUCAAGAUCUUUAAUGGGAAGUGGUUCCUGGAUGGGGUUUAGGACGAACAAACUGCUCUGGUGUCGUUGUUGUGUUUUAGUUGCGAUUCCUGGCUUUGCAGGGGGCUGAACUAGAUGGCCCCUGGGGUCCCUUACAGCUCUGCACUUCCACAAGGGUAAACAACGGAGAGGCAGCAACGGAAUGAUAUGUGACAAAAAGAGAGAAGUGCGUCUCAAGACCAGUGCCAGUUUGGGAUUUAUUUUUUAUUGUUAUGCAAAGGGGAAAAAUCCAGCACAAUCCGAGAUAUGAAUUUGCAUCCACUGCCUUUAGUUCUCUCCCUCCGACGUGCGAUAAAACAAGUUUCUAAAAAUGCCUUCUCUCUUUGCUUGUUACUCAUGGGGGCUGGGAAACAACUGGAGCUAAAUUACAUCUAUUUUCACUGCACAGAACUCCCAUAAGCCAAGGCAGAUGACACAUUCUUCUCCUAAUUUGUGCCUGUUAAUGACAUUAUGCAAAUUGGAAUGCUUUGAUCAGCUUCUCAUCUGCAUUUUUUUCUUCUUCUUCUUCUUCUUCUUUUUUUUCCCCUUCCAAAAAAUAAAAAAUUCCCUUCCAGCCAGCAACCAACCCGCUUCAGUAACCGCUGCCUGCAGAUGAUUGGGCGGUGUUGGCCACAUUUGAGGGCGCUGGGCGUCGGUGGAGCAGGUUGCGGAGUGCAAGGAUUGGCUUCCUUAGGUAAAUCUAGCCUCAGGCUCUCCGUCUGCGAAAUGGGCUUCUAGGGGGCAGAAAGCCGGGGGCAGAACAGCGAACGUUUUGCAUUCUGGGAAUGCAGUGGUGAAUGCAAGAGGGUGUGUUUGCUUUCUUUCAGGCAUGACCACCAGAAUAUGAAGCCAAAAUGAGAAAAGAUAUAAGGAGGACUAGAUAUUAUUUGUUGAUUAUAUGAAAAAUUACUAUAAGCAGGCAAUUAGCAUAGCUGGAUGGUCAUAUUUUCAGCUGUGUAAAUUAGAACGAGAGUUAACGGGAGAAGCAGCGAAAGAUUGGGGAAACUAAGAAAACGCGAGAGGAAGUGGAAGAUAAAAGGAACCAUGGAUUGAGAGCAAGGGAAGUCUGUCAAUGACUGGUUUUUUUCCUUGUGUUGAAAUGUAUUAGAAUAAUUUUUUAAAAACCAUUAAACGAUGUGUUUGCAUGAGGACUUUAACAAUAACAAGGGCGGUUCGCCUGGUGCCUAAAUUAUACAUCUUUAGGCACCAGGUGAAAACGUUCCUUUUAAACCAGGCCUUUGGCUGAUAAAUAUUCUAGGUAAAGGUAAAGGACCCCUGACAGUUAAGUCCAGUCAUGACCGACUCUGGGGUUGCAGCGCUCAUCUCGCUUUAUUGGCCAAGAGAGCCAGCGUACAGCUUCCGGGUCAUGUGGCCAGCAUGACUAAGCCGCUUCUGGCGAACCAGAGCAGCGCACGGAAAAGCCGUUUACCUUCCCGACGGAGCAGUACCUAUUUAUCUACUUGUACUUUGACGUGCUUUCGAACUGCUAGGUUGGCAGGAGCUGGGACCGAGCAACGGGAGCUCACCCCUUCGCGGGGAUUCGAACCGCCAACCUUCUGAUUGCCAAGCCCUAGGCUCUGUGGUUUAACCCACAGCGCCACCCGUGUCCCCAUCUAUAUCUAUAUCUAUCUCUCUAUUUGUCUAUAUCACCUAUCUAUUAUCUAUCUAUCCAUCUAUCUAUAUCAUCUAUCUAUCUAUCUAUCUAUCUAUCUAUCUAUCUAUCUAUCAUCUAUCUAUCUAUCAUCUAUCUAUCUUCCAUCUAUCUGACUGUCUAUCUAUCUAUCUAUCUAUCUAUCUAUCUUCCAUCUAUCUGUCUAUCUAUCUGUCCGUCUAUAUAUCCAUCUAUCUAUCUAUGUAUCUAUCUUCCAUCUAUCUGUCUAUCUAUCCGUCUAUCUAUCCGUCUAUCUAUCUAUCUAUCUAUCUAUCUAUCUAUCUAUCUAUCUAUCUACCUAUCUAAUAUAUAGAAUAUAAUGGUCAUGCAAAUCCUGGCUGAUCCUCAAACGCCUGUCUUUCUCCUCAGCCCGGAACUGCAUGCGGCUGCAAGUGUUGGAGCUGGACCACGUGACGGAGGUGAACCAGGAAGUGGCGGCCGAGGUGUGUCGGGAAGGCCUGAAGGGGCUGGAGAUGCUGGUCUUGACAUCCACCCCGGUCACACCCAAAGCCUUGCUGCAUUUCAACAGUGAGUGGGAAACCACAACCCCCCCAAAAAGCGAAGCUACGGGGCAGGUGGGCUGCAGGAGGGUUCCUGCCACGUUCCUGGACCUAGGAUGGCACCUAGGAAACGGGGGAGACAGCCAGCAAAUGAUGGGAUGGGAUGUCUGGAAGGUUCUGGUCCAGCUGGCCAUGGUGAGAAGGGGAUGUUGGACCAAAUGGACCUGAUCCUGCAAGACCUUCAUAUGUUGGGGCUUAGUGAUAAGAUCCCUGGAAACCCAACUGGCCGGUCAUUGUUGGGGCAGCAAAGGUUCUCCUGUGUUUUUUGGGGUGGCUGGAAGAGACUCAGAAGAACUGUCUCUACCGUGAGGACAUAUCAGUUUUGUAGUGGCUUAGCUGUCAUGGCUUCCUCCAAACUUUUUUUUUGGGGGGGCACCAGGAAACAGGGAAUUAUGUUCACAUGUGGUGGGGGUAUAAAUAUGUACAAAUUUUUAGGCAAAGGGCAUUUAAGGAAACAACAGAAAUCACUGGGUUAAAGCUGACCGAAAGUACAAAGAUAGCAUUAUUUUGAAUUUCCAAUGGAGUGGAAUGUCCGCAGGCUAUGAAGGAUUCGCUUGCAAAUUUAUUGUCAGCUGCAUGAAUUAUUGUAGCUAGGAAGUGGAAGGGACAGGCAGAAUAUAAGAUGGAGGAAUGGUAUAAAGAGGUGUAGGAUAUAGCUAGUAAUUAUAAAGUAACACGUGCCAUUAAGGCAAGAUAGGGAAUAUGCAGGAGAAUUGAUUUUGAGGAGAUAUGGGUGGUGUUUGUAGAAUUUGUGCUGUUAAAAUGGAAAGGGGUCAAACCAUCGCAAGAGGUGUUGAAAUUUUGGGAUGUUGGAUAGUUGCAAUGGAAUGGUCUCGGUGGUGGAGUGCACAUUUUAAUUCUUAUUUAUUUACGAUUAUUACUUUUCCAAAAAAAAUAAAAAAAUUAAAAAGAGAAUUAAAGGCACUUUCAUUUUGGAAAAAACCUUUUUCGAGGGUGGUAUUCAUGGGUGGGCUGCAGAGGGUCCCAAUCUGCAUCGGGGCCCACGCAUCUCCUUUGCACUUUUUAGAAGUUAUCCACACAGUUCCUUAACUCAGAUGGCUUUAAGAGAGGAUGAGACAAAUGCAUGGAGGAUGAGGAGAUCGAGUGGUGAGGAGCCUCUCAGUACCAGGAGCCUCUCAGUACCAGGAGCUGGUUUUGUGGCAGAGGUGCCAGAAUUCACUAGGAACGCCUCCCUUGUUCUCUUAUAUAGGGGCAAUGGCGCCCACCUGAAAGGAGCCAGAAUAGAGUUCCAUUGAGUUCAAGCCGGGGGGAGCCCUGGCCAUUAGCCUGGCUUUUUUUUAUUUUAUCACAGAGGUUGCCAACAUGGCACCCAUGGGUGCCAGUGUGCCAGCCAGUAUGACCAGUAUGGCACCCACAAAGUAUCUCAGUAUUUUGUUGGAAGCUGCCCAAAGUGGCUGGGGAAGCCCAGCCAGAUGGGCGGGGUAUAAAUAAUAAAUUAUUAUUCUUGUUCUUCUUAUUAUUAUUAUCAGUAGAAUCCCCUCAAAAAUCCAGAGUGUAUGGUACUAUUUGCUCUUCUUCCUUAUUUUGGGUUAUGGCACACACACCUUGGCAGCCAUUUUGGGUUAUGCCACACACACACCUUGGCAGCCAUUUGUAUUAUGCCACACACCCCAUGGCAACCAUUUUGUGUUAUGCCACACACUCCAUGGCAGCCAUUUUGUAUUAUGCCACACACACCCUUUGGCAGCCAUUGGUAUUAUGCCACACAUACACCCCAUGGCAGCCAUUUUGCAUUAUGCCACACACACCCCUUGGCAACCAUUUAUAUUAUGCCACACACCCAAUGGCAGCCAUUUGUAUUAUGCCACACACCCCGUGGCAACCAUUUUGUGUUAUGCUACACACUCCAUGGCAGCCAUUUUGUAUUAUGCCACACACCCCAUGGCAGCCAUUUUGUUCUAUGCCACAAACCUCACGGCAGCCAUUUUGUGUUAUGUCACACACCCCAUGGCAGCCAUUUUUUUAUUUGUACCCAUAGCACUAACUCAAAAUAAAAAAUGGUCCUAUUGACACCCCCCCAAAAGGCCUUGCAACCCCAGAUCUUAUGUCUAUUUCGGCUGCUGACUCUGGAUAUGUGGGAAAGAAGAAAAAUCUACUUUCCUCACACACCUUUUCUCCCAUCAAGAGGUACAAAGCUUCAGAGAAGCUCAGGUUUUCUUUUCAGUUAAGACUUGGCUGUGAAGGAACAAGUGCCAGAUAGAGUAUUUAUAGAGAAUUUCGCUGUUAAAAAUAGCAGAGGUUGGCUUUCUGCCAGAGCUGCUUCGUUACAGAUAUCGAGGAAGUUUGCUAGGCGACAUACCCUACUGUUUUUUACACAAAUAAUCAAUUAGCAUCGCUGCCCAACAAUUAAUGACCUUUUAGUUGUUUGACCUGCUUGUGUUAAUUAGGAAAAAUAAAAUGCAGUGCGAAUGUUACCAGACCUCAAUAAGCCUAUUAUUUUUGUUUUAUUUCACGUGGGAAUUUAUAACCAUUGUCAGAAGGAAUGUCCACCUAUAACAUGACUUUCCUUCUCUUUUCCCUAGGAAAGAGCCAAAGCACAUGCAAAAUUUAGCAAGCGUCCCCUUAACUCUGAGCCCCACUGAUUAAAUCUACUAAUUUGGGGAUCUAUUAAUUGAUCUACUUUGUGGAUUUAUCUGCUAAUUGAAAGCUCACGGCCCGAUUUAUUAAAUUAAAAGUAGAGGAGGCAUGGUUAGAGAUAUGAGCGGCUCAAGCAAACUUUGCCUCUCGCACAGCCGUAUCAGCUGCUGCUAGCAAUUUUCCAAAAUAGUGAUUACUAGCUCAUAUCGCAGAUGAUUAUUAGCAUUUAAUUUAGCAGAAUUCUGGCAGCUGGUACCCACAAUUAAUGACGUAAGCGAUGCCUUAAAUGGAUUUACGCAGAGGGCUUUCCCUCUAGUUUUUUCAGAGGCGGGGGGGAAGAACAACCAAGGAUGUUCCUUUCAAUAAUAAGGGUGCUGGAGUUGUAGCAAAUGUCCCGGUCUUCUUUGGGUUGUUGUUUUUUGUACAGUCAUGAGGACUAGAACCCUGACCUUUCGUGAUCAUGCAAAGUGGAGAUCAUCAGGGUUCAAGGUGAAAUAGCAGCUUCUCUCCUGCAGGGGUCACCAGUGUGGUACAACAACACCCUUAAGGUCAGGGGUCCCCAAACUAAGGCCUGCGGGACUCGUUUAUCCGGCCCGCGGCAACCCCCACCGCCCGCUCUUACCGGUGCUGCGCUGCACAGCUACCCACUUCCAGGUCGGAGGAGCACCAGAAAUAGCUUGUGCACCGGAAAUAGCUUCCUGACAGUAAGAGCUGUUCGACAGUGGAAUUUGCUACAAGGAGUGUGGUGGAGUCUCCUUCUUUGGAAGUCUUUAAGCAGAGGCUUGACAACCAUAUGUCAGGAGUGCUCUGGUGGUGUUUCCUGCUUGGCAGGGGGUUGGACUCGGUGGCCCUUGUGGUCUCUUCCAACUCUAUGAUUCUAUGAUUCUAUGAUUCUACAUGCACAAGCAUUAUUUGUGCAUGCGCAAGCAUUAUUUGUGCAUGUGCAAGCGUUAUUUGCGCAUGCGCAAGCGUUAUUUCCGGUGCACAUCUGGGUCAGAGGAGGCCCGUGCACAUGCGCACAAGCUAUUUCUGGUGCUCCUCCAACCCGGAAGUGUGCCGGAAAUAGCAUGUGUGCAUGCACAUGGGCAUGUGUUGCCCCACCCUCUGGCCCGCGGUGUGAUCAGCAUCAGCGCUGGAGACACCGGCCCGAGGCACAGUACGUUUGCUGAGCCCUGCUUAAGGUCUCCCCCUGGUAGCCAUGAAGUCCCCCCACUUCCCCCCCUUGGGGAGUGCCUUUUUCUUCACAUCUUAUGUGUGUUUUUCCCCCAAAAAGAAGAGGAAAUCUCCCAACCCAGAUUUCAUGCUGAAGACAUUUUUCUUUCCUUAAAGGUGUUUGCCGGAACCUGAAGUCCAUUGUGGUGCAGGUUGGGAUCUCGGACUACUUUAAGGAACCAAACAGUUCUGAGGCCAGGAAGAUGUUUGAGGAAAUGGUGACCAAACUCCAGGUAAUGAGUUUCCCACGUGGUCUAAUCCUUAUUAGUCUUGUUCUGCUUCUCUUCCUUUUUAGCAAUGGGCUUGCUUGAAGUGACAAGAGCUCAUCCUCAAAGAUCCCAGGUUCAGUCUUUUUAUACAGUGCUUUUUUCUGGGAAGGACACAGGAGUACGCAUACCCCUAAACAUUUUAUGAAUCUUUGUACUUUUGUCCAUUUACUGUAUUUAUUUACUGUAUAUAUAUAUUUUUAUUAAAUUUUCUGUUUUACAGUUUAAAAUACAGUGGACCCUCUGGAUACGAAUUAAAUUCAUUCCAGGGGUCCGUGCUUAACCUGAAAAGUCCGUAACUGGAGGCGCCGCUUCUGUGCACAUGCGCAGCAAAACCCAGAAGUAUACACUUCUGGGUUUGCCGCAUUCGCAACACAAAAGUUACGUAUCCAGAGCGGUAUGUAACUCGAGGGUCCAGCAAUGACUUCCCUUCUUCUCUUUCCAUGGUUCAUUAUUCAUAUCUUAAAUCCCUGCAUAUUUUACACAAACUAAACCAUUCAGUAUUCCAUUAUUACAUCCAUCAAAACUUAUUUACACUGCUGAAUUUAUCGUAAUAAUGCCAACGUUUUCAAGUGUACACAAUUCUGCCCCCAUAUAUUCAUUAAACAUUUUACUAUCUUCAUGAAACGUAUGUUCUUCUUGUUCUCUUAUUCUGUAUGUUAAGUCUGCAAGCUGUGCAUAUUCUGUCAUCUUAAGCUGCCGUUCUUCUUUGGUUGGGACCUCGCCCAUUUAGGGACUAACAAAACACUGGCCGCAGUAGUGGCAUACAUAAAUAACCUUUUUUGACACCUGGGAAUUUCUGUCUGGAUUAUCUGCAACAGAAAGGACUCUGGAGAGGGGGAAGUACUUUUAAGCAUUUUUUUCAGUCUUCAGCUGGCAAAACCUGGAGCGCCACUGCCAGUCAGUGAAGGCAAUGCUGAAUAAAUGACAAGCAGAGCCACCCCAUGACUGGCUGUAGGUAAGAAUGCAGGCAACUGAGGACUGACUUAGGCAGACUGAGAUUAGAGGGCCAGUCUCAUUCACCCAAAUCAGGGGUGGGGAACCUCUGGCCUGCAGGUCAAAUUUGGCCCAUAAAGCCUUUUUUUUUUAACACUGGCCAGUCACUCCAAUAUAAUGUGAACUUACCUGAGAUCCUACUUCUUGGAAGAAAAACAAUGACAAACCUAGACAGCAUCUUAAAAAGCAGAGACAUCAACAAAGGUCCAUAUAGUUAAAGCCAUGGUUUUCCCAGUAGUGAUGUAUGGAAGUGAGAGCUGGACCAUAAAGAAGGCUGACCGCCGAAGAAUUGAUGCUUUUGAAUUAUGGUGCUGGAGGAGACUCUUGAGAGUCUCAUGGACUGCAAGAAGAUCCAACCUAUCCAUUCUUAAGGAAAUCAGCCCUGAGUGCUCACUGGAAGGACAGAUCCUGAAGCUGAGGCUCCAAUACUUUGGCCACCUCAUGAGAAGAGAAGACUCCUGGAAAAGACCCUGAUGUUGGGAAAGAUGGAGGGCACAAGGAGAAGGGGACGACAGAGGACGAGAUGGUUGGACAGUGUUCUCGAAGCUACCAGCAUGAGUUUGACGAAACUGCGGGAGGCAGUGGAAGACAGGAAUGCCUGGCGUGCUCUGGUCCAUGGGGUCACGAAGAGUCGGACAUGACUAAACGACUAAACAGCAACAACAAGUCACUCCAAUAUAAUGUACUUUCCUGAGAUCUGCUGCUGAAGGGUGGUAUACGAAUUUAAUAAAUCAUAAUUAUAGCAGGUUAUGUCAGUGGGUGCACAGGAGGGCAGAGAUUGAUUCUAUCUAAAGCUGCUAGUGCCAGUUCCCCUGUUUGCAAAAGGGCUUUCAAACAGCCCCCAUUCUGCGCUUUGAAGUCCCGGUAGUCGGGGCGUCAAAGCGCCACAUCACCUGCCACUGCUUUGGCACAGGGUGAUUGACAGGUGGGCAAUCCCGCUCACCUGUCAAAUUUGUCCCUCGCCUAGGUUGAGGAUAUAACGACCAGAAAAUGUUCCCUCUCUUUGGCCCAAACAUUUAGAAUUUAUUGGAACUCCACGGCGUUUGUAUAGAAAAGAACUGUCUUGUCGGAGACGUAAUAAGGAUAAUAUUUCUUUGAAACACCUGUUUUUACAAUGACCUAUACUUAUUACGUUUUGGGAGAAAGUAGUGGAUUAUAUAAAUAUGACUGUGUGGAAAAAAAAUAAAAUUUCCAGAGGAUAAUAUUCUUUUGAGCUACAUACCUAUGACAUGGAAUUUGACAACUGAGGAAAGUAACUGGAUUCUUCCUACCCUUACUAUGGCCAAAAGACUUAUAUUGCUGCAUUGGAAAGAUAAAUUGAUGCCUCCAUUUAAUCAAUGGAUUGAAAACAUGAUUGCACUUACCACUUAUGAGUGGAUUGCUUAUAGAUGUAGAGUUUGCAGGGGGAAAUAUAAUGAAAUUUGGAACCCGUUCAGGUUAAAAAAUAAAUACAUACUGUGUAUAAGAUGCCCCCAUGUAUAAGAUGCCCCCUAUUUUUGGGGACUCCAGAUUAAGAAAACACCCCUCAGCACUACCUGUGUAUAAGACGAGCCCCAAUUUUAAACCUAAUUUUUUGGUUAAAAAACCUAGUCUUAUACAUGGAAAAAUACGGUAUGUAUUUGGAUAAUGCCAGUAUCUAUAUAUUAGGUAAGUAUGUAUGGAAUUGCAAUUGUUAUUUCUUAUAGGGUUAUAGUUUAUCCUUUCACGUUCUCCCUUUUUAUUUUUUAUUCUUUGUUGUUAAAAAGAAUUAAGAAGCAGCAGCAGCAGCUCUGGCCCAACUGGAGCAGCCUGUUUCUUCUGUCACACCACUUCCCCUGAAAUUUAUUGCCGUCUCUCUCUUCUCUAUCUCUUCCAGGCCCUGAAGAAGAGGCCGGGCUUUUCAAAGAUUUUACACAUUAAGGUGGAAGCUGGCUGUUAACCUUUGCAAGGGGAGAGACCAACGCGCACCCCGGAUUAACAUCUCCUGCCCGUCUGUUAGUAAAGACAUCCUGGCGCCAACACCAGCAGCCUGCCUGCCAGCCUCAGUUCUCUGGACUGGCGCUUUCAGAAGCACCCAGCCGAGCGCACGCAUCUUUGAGCAGGCCUUCCGGACUGGGCGCGACGAGCUCCUUUUCCGUGCGGUGAAGGGUCAGCUGUAUCGCUGAGAUGAUGGUGCUAUGAAAACACACACACAAAAACGCCCGGCAAAGGAAUUUCUCCAGACUGCCAGCGGGAACAUCCCUUUUCCUUCUCCUCCUCCUCCUUUCAUCUCGCGGAGGCAGCUGUGCAAGGGAAGCUUGGCCCUUCUUUGCAGAUCCUUCCUUUGCCGUCAAGACUCUCUCUUUCUUUUCGCCCUUCAACAACUUCUCGGCCAAGGGUGACAAAUCAACGGGGCUCGCUCGACUCCCUAGAUUCGCCUUCCUCCUUUGUGGAAACGACUGGUCGUUCCUUCCGUCUGAAACUCCAUCGCCUCGGAGCCUCAUUUCAUCUCUUUCCUUUCAGGCUCUUUCUCUCUCUUACUCUUGGUUUUUAAUGAGGGAGGGGCAGUUCCUAUUGUGGGGAGAAGCAGGGAUUCCUCUUCAUUUUGAUUUUCCCCCUCUCUCUUAUGAAAGAAAAGGCAAAGCCGAAUUUCCCUGCGGCCAGAGACCGCUACAAUCCUAAGAAAACAAAUCUCCUACCUUGGAGAGGAACCCUGGAAUGUUCUCCCCUCUGACCAAUUUCUGUCUUGGAGCCAGGACCAUAGGAAGUUGCCUUAUACAGAGUCAGGCCCCGGGUCCAUCCAGCUCAAUAUUGUCUAUACACACUGAUAGCUGCUCUCCAUGGUUUCAGGCGGGGAGUCUCUCCCAGUCCUCCCAGGAGAUGCUGAGGAUUGAACCCAGGACCUGGGCCACUGAGCCAGGGCCCUUGUUCUCUCUCCUGCACAGGCCAUAAAGCAUCUUUGCCUGCAACAUCCUCUUUUCAUCUCUUGCCACCAACUUUUUCCUGAUUCAUGGAAAGCCGCCGCCUUCCUCUUCUGGCAGGUGGCUUCACCGAGUGAUUAAUCGUUUGGCAAUUGGCACAGUGGAAAGGAGACAUUUCUGCUUUGAAUGUAAGCCUCCAUCCAUCAUCCCUAGCUUGCCUGCUUUCCAGGAGGCAGGGAGAUCCAGUCUCUCCCCCCCCCCCACGAUUUACAGAUCUGCAAGUGCUCUCCAGGUAUUAACUGGCCCUCAACAUUAACCAGUUCCCAAUCCCUGCCGUUUAUGCCAAGAUUUAGGGAGCACAUAGCUGCCAGAAAUGAGAGGAACCAGCUCUGCCCGAAUUUCUCAGGCAGAUGGCUUUGCUUCAGUUGGAUUUCUUGGGGAAGAAGGAUGGAGUUUGCAGUCAGCAUCCUGCUGUGGCGAUGGAUCAGCAGCAAAAAUGACACAGCUAGCAAGUGCAGGUUCCAGAUCCUGCAAGGAGGAGCCUGGCUUAUAAGCUCACGGCCAAAACAUUUGAUCAACCUGAGGAAAUCCUUUCUGGCAUAGCAUUUAUGCUGAAUCCCCAGAGGCAGUCGAGGGCUGGCCUUGAGAGAGGACUCGCGGGAAGCAUUUUCUAGUCUAAGCCAAGGGUCGCUACGCUGUGCCUUCAUCAGCUGGAAUUAUCCGAAGCUGUUUUUAUUCCAUCAGAGCAUCUCCAUUCUUGGGGGGGGGGAGGCUGACCUGUUGGGUUUCUGCCUGGUGUGCAGCUGAUGAAGGCACAAGCUCCAUCCCAGAAAAAAACAAGGCAACCCCCAUCUCAGAGCCAACCCUUAUCAAGUAGCUGUUGGACUCCUGGUUCAGUACAGUAAGCCCACAACUUAUACAACUUUAUGCACUUUGCAAAAAAAAUUAAAAAAAUUAAAAAAUAAUUUAAAGGGAGCAUGAAUCCAGGAAAAAAGUAUUUGGCAAUCCUAUCCACCAUUGCACCCCAUGUGUUUUGACUAUACACAAUUUUGGGUUUAUGCCCAGUGCCCAAAAUGCAAUGUAAGUUGCGGGCUUAACUGUAGUUACAAAGAUAAGUUAUUUGAAAAAGACAGAUAGGACUAUAUAUGGUGGGUUCUAAAGCUUCUAUUACUUGAGUGGUAUUACCUGAGAGAGAAAACUGAUAAUCAGUCUUCCCCCCCUCCCCUCAAAAAAAGGAGGGAGGAUCCUUAUUCCUUAUGUUGCACACAAAAAGCACCAAGAAUUCUGUGGCAAGAAUAAGUUGUGCAAAGCACACUUGAUGAUGACACCAUGCUGAUUUUGGGGGUUCUUGAACACAGAACCCUCAGUGAACAGGAAGGCUGCAGAAACUGCAAAUUAGUUUAGGCUGCAUCUGGGCUUCUUCAAAGUGAAAAGGUUCAAAGUGAAAAGGUUAAUCCUUCUUAUGGCUGUGUUAUCAUUUGCCACUGAAUCGGAGCAAAUGUCAGUCGGGUCUUCUCCAAUGGACAGUUCCUCAGAUUUAUCGCGAAGGAACGGGUGUUCCACAGGGGAAGGCGGUGGAACAGAAGCAAAACCACUCCCACCCAUGCUUUUUAGGGACGAGUGGAAGUCUGAAUGGGCCCUGAAUCAGAAUAUUUCAGGACCCUGGACAGAGCCACACAGAGGAGAGAGUAGUUGCCUGAACAAGAUGCAGAGGACUUUUUAGGGCCAAGUGGAAAGUGUGCCUUUAAUAUAGAUAUUUAAAAUAAUUAAGAAGAGUGUGUAUGCAGGUUGCAAGCUUCAACCCAGCAGGAGCUGGCUGCAAAUUAGAGAACAGAUAGUCUGCAGGUUCUGCCCUCCUCUACUCACCCCUCCCAAUUAACCUCCGUCUCCAAGACAUUACAAAGGCCAACUCUAGGCAUUUAGGCCCUGAAAUCUUAGGUAUGGGAUGCUGCUGAUUCUAGUGUUAGGAGAAAUCCAGACUCAAAAGCUGGUGGGUUUUCAUGAGGACUUAAAAAAAUUGACAAAUCUACUUGCAGCUCCCGGCCAAGUGACUCAUUGGGUGGAAAACCUACGUUUGGUGCCAUGUGAAGUGUUAAAUUGCCCUAAGAAGAUCUCUCAGUUUCGGCAGGCAAUAAAUAGUCUCUGAGAAUUCAUAUAGCAACACUGGGGAGAGUGAGAGUUCAGAGAAAAGGAGGGUCAAUGGAACCCUCACUGAGAUAUUGGAUCUGCAAAAAUCCAGUUCUGCUUCGCAGAAUUAUUGCCUUUUCCAGCAGCCAACUCUCACAGGUAGUGAUUUUUAUUUUAUUUUAAUCCUGAUUCCGAAAGACUUGCACAACCUUUGGGGGGGUUUUGUUUUCCUGUCGUGGGGGCACAAAGGUCACAAAUCCUGGAGUAAAUGGAGAGCUUUUGCAGGAAGGAGGCCCCAGAAUGCAUUGCUCCACCUGCAGCUUGAGAUGCACUGCAUUCUGAGAAAUGCAGUCUUCAAGGAGCUGGGCACCCUUGUGUUUACAAGGAAGGCAGCCAUUUUGCCAAAGUUUCUUUUUUCAUCACGGCCCUGGAGGUGACACUGAAGGGACAGGAGGAGGAAGGGAGCAAAGUGUUUGGUGUGGCCAGCUUAACGGUCUGAAGAGUCUAAAAGGAUGCCUAAAAAACCAGCAAAAAUUAAAAAUAAUCAUCCGAUAAGAAGGAACGAAACAAAAAGCAACAAGGAUGGAGGAGAAAGUGAACACGAGCCUCCUAAAUUCCACAUUUUGAUACUUUUUAAACACAAGAGUUUUCUGGCAGUGGCGAUAAACCAUGACCUUGAACAGUCGCCUUUGACACAGUGCAGAAACUUGAACAAACGUUACCUUAAAUUCAAGAAAAGUCAGUAUUUAUUUCUAUAAAGAAUUAAAAAAAAAAAGACGAAGAGAGAUUUUAAAGCAAAGUUAUUUACUCAGCAUGUGUCGCUAUGCUCUGUUCUUAGUGAGGGAUUGCUUUAACUGAGAGUCAUUUCGGGGACUGAUUUAUUUAUUUUGGUUCCUCUUCGUUCAUCAAGGGCAGAGAAGGUCAGCUCACGAGGAUGUUUGCUGCUGCUAUGACUACAAUUUCCAUUACUUUCUGCCCCCUCUCGCCUUCUUUUCCUUUUUGAAAGAGAGUGCCGGAGAGGAAACCAGCCCAUCGGAUGUGAGGAGGACUCGAGAGCCAAUUCUGGCCUGAUACUAUCUUUCUUGCCCUCGUUCUAAUGCAUCCUUCUGCAGAGUCUCUGGUAGUGGAACAAUCUAAGGUUUGGGUCCCCCUGAUUAAUCCAGGGAUGUGCCCUCAGGGCUGUGGAUUUAGCUGGAACAUUCUUUCAUUUUUGGAAGCGGGGGGCAGCUGUGACAGCAUCCACCUACGGCAAGUCCUCCAAGCAAUGGCAAUCGACUGGAUGGAGUGGCUACCGGGAGGGGGAAGCUUUCCCUCCUUUUCCUCUUGUUGCCCCCAAGAUCGCAUUCCAAGGGAUGUGUGAACAGAGGGCAGCGGUCAAGAACUGCGCAUGGUGCGCAGUGAUUCGCCUGGGAAGCCACGAUUUCAUGUUACCAGGACAUAUAACUGGGAGGGAAGGUGGAAGAGCAGGAUUAAAAGGUGUGACUCAGAGGAACAGAGACCAAAGUGUCUUCUAAGAGAUAUUUCAUCUCUAGGUUUGGAGGGUUGUUGGGGGAGGGCGAGGAGAGCAAGAUGUUUAUUUAUUUAUUUAUUUAUUUACUUACGUGUUUAUUUAUUUAUUGGGUGGAAUGACAUCGCUAUUUAUUUUCUCUUUUUUUAAGAAAAUAAGAAUGAUGAUGAUGAUGAUGAUAACUGUGAGAUUCUCUGCCUCUGAACUUUGGUCAAAAUUGAGCUAUGGGUGUGUGGUCUCCCUCCCUUUUAUUAUUAUUAUUACCAUAAAUCCCUGACUGGUUCAUGGUGUUCCCUUCUUCCCUGUCCCCCACCCCAUCAGUCUCACAGCUCACUGUGCUGCGAGGGCAGGAAAAAAGAGGUUUGUAAGUGGAUGAUGAUGUGAUGUUCGCUGGAAAUUAUUUCCCCUCCCAUCUCUGCAGUGUUAACCCUUGCACCCUUUGAACAGGAGCUGAGCACUUUUGAUAUAUGUUUUCUUUCCUGUUUAAAACUUAUUCUUAUUCUUAACCCAGAAAUCAGAUAGUUGGGGCCACGAUCCAGUUAGCACCUGCAAACCUCACAGAUUCCAAUGGGAAACUGCAGAGCCUAGGCUUAACUUUCUCCUAAGGGCAUCAAUAAGACUUAAAAGUGUUUUACUUUGUUCUGCACUUAUGGUAUCUAUUCAGAAGUAAGUCUAACUGAGUUCAAUGGGAAGCAUGUAGAGAACUGCAGACUAACAGGAGCUGGAUCAAGCCCCCUGACCCUCUGGGUGUCAUAACGUAAAUUUGAGCCAAAAACUUGUUUUGUGUUCUUUUUUUAAAAAAAAAGCUGGGUGGGAGGCAGAAAAUGUCUCUGCAAUGCUUUGAAGG